GCACCUCACAAACGAUCGACGUCUUGGUUUCAGUCUCGGGGAUUAUGACUUGAAACAGUUUGAAAAUAGAUAUUAUUUAAAGAAAAUAUAUAUAUAUAUAUAAUAGAUAUAUACGGUACAUAUAUCUAUAUAUAUAUUCAGCCAUAGAGUUCGCAUAGAGUUUUUUACGAAAUAGUCACAGCAUCUACAUAUAGAACGUCGCAAGGAUAACGCAAUAAACAAUAAAGAAGCGAAAGUAUCAGUAAAGAAAUAUAUUUCAAUAUAUAUAUAUAUAUAAAGUGAAGAAGCAAAUCAAAGAGAAAAGUGAUCUAGAGGUGUUUUUAUUUUAGUGCAGUUGACAACUGCAUCGAUUUGGUUGUCAUUUUCAAUGAUAUAUAGUGAUAUAUAACGACCUAAAAUGCAACGACAAAAUCCGAACCCAUACCAGCAGCAACAGCUGCAGGAGCAGCACCAACAACAGCAGGUGCAGCAGCAAUACUCCACCCAGGAGUACUCGCACUCCACUCAAGAGCAGCACCAGCAAAGGAUUAGCCGCACUGAACAACAUGUUCAGAGGAGUCAAAUCACCACUCAGCAACAACGAGUACAACAACAUCAAGGCGGUUUCGGAGGCACCUAUGUACCGCCAUCGUUGACACACGUUUAUGCCCAAGGUGACAUCUCACCGCCUGUAUUCGAGCAAAUCUUUAAGAACGCUCGCUUCGCUCAGGGUGGCAACGCCCUGUUCGAAGGCAGGCUCCGUGGCAACCCGAAGCCAUUCGUUACAUGGACCCGAAAAGGCGCACCACUUCUCGAGUCGCAAAAGUUCCGGAUGAGCUACAACGAGGCCACGGGUGAUGUGUCCCUGCUGAUCAACCAGAUCGGACCCGGCGACGAAGGCGAGUACACGUGUACGGCUCGUAAUCAGUACGGCGAGGCCAUCUGCAGUGUCUACAUUCAACCGGAAGGCGCCCCAAUGCCUGCACUGCAGCCCAUCCAGAAUCUGGAGAAGAACAUCUACUCCAAUGGUUAUUCGUAUACGUCCAUUGAGGAGGAAUUCCGUGUGGACACGUUUGAGUAUAGACUUUUGCGCGAAGUCUCCUUCAGGGAGGCCAUAACGCGCCGCUCCGGCUAUGAGCAGGACACUCAGCUGUCCCAUGAGCUCGACCGUUCUCUUGGCCCUGCGCACGCACCACAAUUAUCGCAGAAGCCCAGAAACUCCAAGCUCAUCGAGGGCUCCGAUGCUGUGUUCACAGCCCGCGUUGGCUCCAAUCCGAAACCACGUCUCACCUGGUUCCACAACGGACAGCGUUUGGUAGCCUCGCAAAAGUAUGAGAUCUCUUAUUCGAGUGGCGUUGCCACCCUGCGCGUGAAGAACGCCAACGCCAAGGAUGGCGGCCACUACACCCUCUUGGCUGAGAAUUUGCAGGGCUGCGUCGUCUCGUCCGCUGUGCUGGCCGUCGAGCCGGCCGCCGAGACUGCCUACGAGCCCAAGCCCGUGGAUUCGAUGGCCGAGCAGCUGGAAGUCGGCAAGGCUUUGCCGCCCACUUUUGUGAAGGCCUUCAGCGAACGCGAAGUCACCGAGGGACGCAUGACGCGUUUCGAUUGCCGUGUCACCGGCAAUCCCUAUCCCGAGGUAUUCUGGUUUAUCAACGGCCGUCAAGUGCGCGACGAUGCUUCGCACAAGAUUCUGGUCAACGAGUCCGGCAGCCAUUCGCUGAUGAUCACGAACGUGAGCCGCCUAGAUGGCGGCUCCGUUCAAUGCUUGGCCCGCAACAAGGCUGGUGAGGUGGCCAUCGAGGCGCCGCUGCAUGUGCUGGAGAAGGAGCAGGUUGUCGCACCACAAUUUGUGCAGCGCUUCAGCACGAUGACAGUGCGCGAGGGUGAGCCCAUCACCAUGAGCGCCAAUGCCAUUGGCACGCCAGUGCCGCGCAUUACUUGGCAAAAGGAUGGAGUACAAAUCUCAUCAACUGCCGAACGUUUUGUGGGCAUCGAUGGCGGCGCCACCUGCCUGGAGAUACCGCAAGUUAAGGCAACUGAUGCUGGCUGGUAUCAGUGUACCGCACAAAAUAUCGCCGGUUCCACAGCGAACCGCGCAAGACUCUAUGUCGAAGUUCCCAGAGAGCAACCAAGUCAAGAACAAAGGCGUCUUAAUCUACCAAGACCAACGAAAGUUAUCGAGCCUGAGCCAAUCCCUGGGCCAGAGAUUAUUUAUUUGCGCCAUGUGGAACGCGCCAAACCCCAUCUGCGUCCCGGCGAGGAGGAUCGCGUCUAUCCUCCGCCACAGUUCAUCAUACCACUGCAGAAUGUGCAGCAGACUGAAGGUGGUCGAGUCCACAUGGAGGCGCGCAUCGAACCCGUCGGCGAUCCCAGCAUGGUCGUCGAGUGGUAUCUCAAUGGUCGUCCCCUGGCAGCCAGUGCACGCGCCACAUCUGUCUUCAAGUUUGGCUUCAUUGCUCUGGACCUACUGAGCAUUAUGGGCCACGAUGCUGGAGAAUAUAUGUGCCGCGUCAGCAAUGCCAGCGGCGUGGCUGAGUCGCGCGCCAUUUUGUCGGUGGUGCAACGACCAUCCAUUGAGCAAUCGUCGCAGAAUCCGAACAGCUUGCAGUACAUCAAUCAGCUGGAGGACUACUCUCGCUAUCAGCGCCAGGAGAGCUCAGAGGAGUUGAUGAAUCAAGCUCCACAAUUUAUACGUCCCCUGCGCGAUCUGGGUGAGUUCGAGGAGGGCAAGAAUGUGCACUUCGAGGCACAGGUGACCCCCGUGAAUGAUCCCAGCAUGCGUGUGGAGUGGUAUAAGGAUGGCUUGCCAAUCACCGCCAGCUCGCGCAUCACGGCUAUAUUCAACUUCGGCUAUGUCUCCCUAAACAUAUUGCACCUACGCGCCGAAGAUGCGGGCAGCUACACCGUCCGCGCCGUGAAUCGCAUUGGCGAGGCCAUCAGCCAGUCCACCAUUCGUGUGCACUCGCGCUCCCAGGUCACCGCCGAUCUGGGCAUACCCGAGCAGCAGCGUUACAUUGAGAAGGUGGAGGAAUUGGAGGACUAUCGCAAGUCUCAGCAGCGCCGCCACGUUCAGGAGGCACCUGAGGCCAUUGCGCCACCCCAAUUCAAGACACCCAUCCAGAACCAACUGGAUCUGCGAGAGCACGCGCAUGCGCACUUCGAGGCACGCCUCGAACCCAUUGGCGACUCGACCAUGCGCGUGGAGUGGCUCAAGGAUGGUCAACCCCUUGAGGCCAGCUCGCGCAUAACUACUUACCACAACUUUGGCUACGUCGCGCUGACCAUCAAGCAGAUAACCAUCUAUGAUGCCGGCACCUACACCUGCCGCGCCUACAAUGCCAUGGGCCAGGAUACAACCACGGCCCAGUUGACGGUCAUAUCGAAGAACGAGAUCGUCUCGGACACGCAGCAUCCGGGUGGCCUGCAGAAGAUUCAGCAUCUGGAGGACUCGUCGCGUUAUGGUCGCCGCGAGGAGGAAGAAACCUCCAUCACCCAGGCACCACGCUUCCUGGGCCCCCUCAAGGGCACCACCAAGAUCUUGGAGGGUCAACGCGCCCACUUUGAGGCGCGUGUCGAGCCACAGAGCGAUCUGGGUCUGCGCAUCGAAUGGUACCACAAUGGACGUGCUAUCACCGCCGCCAACCGCAUCCAGACCUACUACGACUUCGGCUACGUUGCCCUGGACAUUUCUCAGGUGCGCGCCGAAGAUGCCGGCGUCUACACUGUGGUGGCUAGAAACAAGCUAGGUGAAGCUCAGUUGCAAGCAACGAUGGUAGUGGAAACUCGUUCCAACAUCGACACAUCUAGCAUGCAUCGCGGCCUCUAUGAAAAAACGCAGAAUCUGGAGAACAAGCAAUUCGUCGAGCCCCAAUACGAUAUUGAGGAGAUCUCCAAGUCAAAGCCCGUCUUUGUGCAGCCGCUGACCGAUCCCAAGCCCAUUCACGACGGCAAGAAUAUUCAUCUGGAGUGCCGUCUCGAGCCCAUGGGCGAUCCCACAAUGCGCGUCGAAUGGUUCCAUAACGGGCGCCCCGUAACCGUUGGCUCACGUUUCCGCACCUACUACGACUUCGGAUUUGUCGCCCUGGACAUCAUCAAGGCCACGGCAGCCGACUCUGGCGAGUAUACCGUGCGCGCCACCAACCACCUGGGCACCGCUCACACCUCUUCAUGUGUGCGUGUGAUUGAUCGCAGCGAUGUGGUGACCGAGACCCAGAACGAGCAGUCGCUGGAGCAGAUUCAGCUGCUUGAGGACUCGCGUCGUCGCCACCACCAGGAAGAGGAUAUUACCAUCAUGCAGGCGCCUCAAUUCACACGCGCACUGCAUAACAUCGAAACCGUUGAGGGCACCAACGUGCAUCUGGAGUGCCGCCUGCAGCCAGUGGGUGAUCCCAGUAUGCGCAUCGAGUGGUUCGUCAACGGCAUGCCGGUAAAGACGGGCCAUCGCUUCCGUCCUGCCUACGAGUUUGACUAUGUGGCGCUGGACUUGCUUGGCUGCUAUGCCAUUGACUCGGGCGUCUACACGUGCCAAGCCCGUAACCAACUGGGCGAGGCCGUCACCUCCUGCUCCGUGCGCAUUAUUGCCAAGAAGGAUUUGAUUCUGGAGACUCAGAACGAGUCUGGCCUGCAAAAGAUUCAAUACCUGGAGGACUCCUCACGCUAUCGUCGUCAUGAGGACGUAGAUGAGGUGGUCAAUAUUCGCCCCCGCUUCCUGACCCAUCCGAAGAGCCUGACCAAUACACGCGAAGGCGGUCACGCCCACUUUGAGUGCAAAAUUGAGCCCGUCACCGAUCCCAAUCUGAAGGUGGAGUGGUUCAAGAACGGCCGUCCCAUUACCGUGGGCCAUCGUUUCCGACCCAUUCAUGAUUUCGGGUACGUGGCCUUAGAUAUUGUUGGCCUGAUUGCUGAGGACUCCGGUAUUUACACCUGCCGCGCCGUCAAUUUGAUUGGCUCCGAUGAGACUCAGGUGGAGCUGCAAUGCCGCAGCGGCGAGCAAAUCGUCACAGUGACCCAGAACGAAGCUGGUCUCGAGCAGAUUCACUAUCUGGAGGAUCGCUCGCGCUACAGCCGCCGCGAGGAAGUCGACGAGACCACCAAGCAGGCGCCAGUGUUUACAACCUCCCUGAAGAACAUUGAAAUCAAGGAGAAUCAGCGUGCUCACUUUGAGUGCCGCUUGAUUCCCGUCUCCGAUCCUUCGAUGCGUGUGGAGUGGUACCACAAUAACAUGCCUCUGAAAUCGGGCUCGCGUUUCACUGAGACCAACAACUUUGGCUUCGUGGCCCUCGAUAUUAUGUCCACACUGCCCGAAGAUGCCGGCACCUACACCUGCCGUGCUUUCAAUGCUGUGGGCGAGGCCAUAACAUCUGCUGUUGCCGUGGUGCACACCAAGAAGUCCAUCUAUCUGGAGUCUCAGCACGAGACUGCAUUGCCGCGACUGCAGCACCUGGAGGAUGGCUCCAAGCGCCAGCGCGUCAGCGUACAGGAUGAGUUCGUUUCGCAGGCUCCGGUCUUUACCAUGCCUGUGCGCGAUGUACGUGUGGCCGAGAACCAGGCGGUGCACUUUGAGGCCCGCCUUAUUCCCGUGGGCGAUCCCAAACUCACUGUGGAAUGGCUGCGCAACGGUCAGCCCAUUGAGGCGUCCAAUCGUACCACCACCAUGCACGAUUUCGGCUACGUGGCUCUGAACAUGAAGUACGUGAAUCCCGAGGACUCUGGCACCUACACCUGCCGUGCGGUCAACGAGCUGGGUCAGGCUGUGACGUCUGCGUCGCUGAUUGUGCAGUCGAAGACUGCCAUUCAGAUGGAGACACAGCACGAAGCUGCCAUGCACAAGAUCCAUCAGCUGGAGGAUCACAGCAAGUACCAGCGCCGUGAGGAGGAGGAAUACACCGUUACGACGGCGCCAAUGUUUGUCACCAAGCUGAUCGGACCCAACAAUCUGGUUGAGGGCCAGAGUGCCCACUACGAGUGCCGCAUCGAGCCCUACCCAGAUCCGAACCUGAAGGUCGAAUGGUUCCACAACGGCAAGCCCUUGAGCACCGGCCAUCGCUUCCGCACCACCUAUGACUUUGGCUUUGCAGCACUCGACAUCCUCACCGUCUAUGCGGAGGACAGCGGAGAAUACACUUGCCGUGUGACUAACAAUCUGGGCGAGGCCGUCAGCUCGAUUGCACUCAACGUCACCACCCGUUCGUCGAUUAUUCAUGAAACGCAGCAUGAGGAGGCUCUGCACAAGAUCCAGCAUCUGGAGGAUACCUCUCGCUUCCAGCGCAAGCCUGAAGAGGAUCAGUUCCACGCUGAGCGCCCACAGUUUGGACGCCCACUGCGCAAUGCCAAGGUCAAUGAGGGCACACCCGUGCAUCUGGAGGCAACACUGAUCCCAGUUAAUGACCCCACCAUGAGGGUCGAGUGGUACUGCAACGGCAGACCCAUCCAAACGGGUCACCGUUUCAAGACCACCUACGAUUUCGGCUUUGUCGCCUUGGACAUAUUGUACGCCCACGCCGAGGAUACCGGCACCUACAUGUGCAAGGCCAAGAAUGCUGUUGGGGAAGCUGUCACGACUUGUGCUGUAAACGUAACAGCAAAUAAGACACUGGAUCUGGAUACACUCGAUGCCCAGCGGCUGGAGAAGAUUCGCCAGCUCGAGAGCUAUGCGCCACCCGUAAAGGCCGAGGUGGAGGAGAAGGGACAGAAGCCAAUUUUCCUCACCCCACUUAGCAAUCUGGAGCAUCUGAAGGAGGGCGAGCACGCCCACUUGGAGUGUCGCGUUGAGCCCAUCAACGAUCCCAACCUGAAGAUCGAAUGGUUCUGCAAUGGCAAGCAACUGCCCACCGGACAUCGUUAUCGCACCACCCACGACUUUGGCUACGUGGCCCUGGACAUUUUGUAUGUCUAUGGCGAGGACACUGGCACCUACAUGUGCAAGGCAACCAAUCUCCUGGGCGAAGCAGUCAACACCUGCAAUGUCCGUGUGCUGAACAGACGCAGCAUGAUUCUGGACACCCAGCACCCGGAUGCUUUGGAGAAGAUUCAGAAGUUGGAGUCCAAGGUUGUCACCACCCGCACCGAAGUCGGCGAUCAUCCAAUUGGCCCGCCCCACUUCACCGCAGAUCUACGCGGCUCCACUGAGAUCUAUGAGGGCCAAACGGCUCACUUUGAAGCACAGGUGGCGCCAGUGCACGAUCCCAACUUGCGCAUCGAGUUUUAUCAUAAUGGCAAGCCUCUGCCAUCGGCUGCCCGCUUCCACAUCACCUUCGACUUUGGCUAUGUCUCCCUGGACAUUACCCAUGCCGUGGCCGAGGAUGCUGGCGAGUAUUCCGUGCGUGCUGUUAACGCUUUGGGUCAAGCCGUCUCUUCGACCAAUCUGCGCGUGAUUGCCCGCGGCACCAUUAUUUCGGACACCCAGCAUCCUGAGGGUCUGGAGAAGAUACGUAAGUUGGAGUCUACGGCACCACACCAGCGCCAGGAGGUCGAAACGCCUGGCACACGCCAGCGACCCAUGUUCACCCAACCAAUUCAAAACAUUGAUCGCAUCAAUGAGCACCAGACCGCUCACUUUGAGGCGCGCCUGAUUCCAGUGGGUGAUCCCAACUUGAAGGUCGAAUGGUACCGCAAUGAGAAACUGAUCGAAGACAGCUCCAGAAUCACCAAGCAGCACGACUUUGGCUUUGUCUCUCUCGAUAUAUCGCACAUCCGCAAGGAGGAUGAGGGCGUCUACAUGUGCCGCGCUGUCAAUCCACUUGGCGAGGCCGUCACUACCGCCUCUAUGCGUGUGGUUACCGAGGCCACCAUCCAAAUGGAUACCCAGCAUCCGGACAGCAUUCGUCGUAUUCACCAGCUGGAGAAGCCUCUGGCUCCACUACCCACCGAGCCUGAGCGCCUCUUCGAGAAGCCCAUCUUCACGCAGCUACUGACGGGCCCCUCCGAGGUAUGGGAGGGCACCCAUGCUCACUUCGAGGCACGUGUGGUGCCCGUUGGUGAUCCCUCACUUAAGUUCGAGUGGUUCGUUAACGGCGUUGAGCUGCAAAUGGGCUCACGCCUGCGCACCACCCACGACUUUGGCUUUGUCACUCUCGACAUUGCCGCUGUGGUGCCUGAGGAUGCUGGUGUCUACAUGUGUCGCGCUUUCAAUGCCGCUGGCGAGGCUGUGUCCUCGACUGCCAUGAAGGUGAAGACCAGGGCCAACAUCGACGGACAGCCCCUGAUACCUGAGUCCUGGGAAGCCAUUCGUCUGAAGGAGGCUGCAAUGAACCGUGUGCCCGAAAUGUUUGUGGACUCUACGCCUCAGCAGGCUCCAGUGUUCACGACACACUUGCAGAGCUACGACAAGCUGCACGAGGGCCAGCAUGUGCAUCUGGAGGCUCAGGUGGAGCCUCGCGCCGAUCCUAAUCUGCGCAUUGAGUGGUUCAAGAACGGCAUCUCACUGACCACUGGCUCACGCAUACGCAGCACCUUCGACUUUGGACUGGUUACCUUAUCUAUCAAUGGCUUGCGCGAGGACGACUCCGCUAUUUACACUUGCAAGGCCACCAACCAGGUGGGCGAGGCUGUGUCGACCUCAUCGCUCAAGAUCGAAGAUCGCCAUUGGCUACAAGCGGAGUCCUUGCAUCCGGACUCAUUGCCACGCAUUGGCGAGCUGGAGGCGCCAAAGCCGGUUCGUAAGGACGCACCAGAGCCCACAUACGAGACUCCGGUAUUCAUCACUCAUCUGAACAACAUCGAGUGCAAGGAGACGGACAGCGUUCGCUUUGAGUGCAACGUGGAGCCGGCCCGUGAUCCCACCAUGAAUAUCGAAUGGUACUACAAUGGCCAACCGUUGCAGGCAGCUGCCAAAUUCAAGUCCAUUUACGACUUUGGCUACUGCGCCCUGGACCUGAAUAACUCGUAUGCCGAGAACAGCGGCAUCUACACUUGCAAGGCCACAAACAGCAAGGGCUCGGCUACUACCUCGGGCACAUUGAAGUGCACAGGCGGCAAGACCAUGUUCCUGGACACACAGCAUCCACAGGGCGAGAGCGGACUGGAGGCCGUGCAAGAAACAGAAGAAGCAUUGGCCAAUCGCUAUGCCCAGAAGCCAAGCAAACCAGAGACUCAAUACCCAGCACCAGUCUGGACGAGGCCAUUGCAGCAGGAGUUCCAUCUAUCCGAGGCGCAGCCGAUCCAUUUGGAGGCCAACGUGGAGCCGAAGGAGGAUCCAAAUCUGUUUAUCGAAUGGUACUUCAAUGGCAAGCUGCUGCAGCAUGGCUCGCGCUUUAAGAUGACCAGCGAAUUCGGCUUCGUCACUAUGGACAUGAUUGAGGUGUACUCUAGAGAUCAGGGCAUCUACACUUGCAAGGCCUAUAACAGGGCUGGCGAGGCUUUCACUUCCACCACCAUAUUCUGCUCAAGCAAGGACAGCAUCAUUGAAGCCACACAGCAUCCCAAGGGUGCUGAAGGUCUGGAACAGAUUCAGGACUUGGAGGAGUCACUACGCAAGGACGGCAGCAAGCCGGAGCAGCCCGAGCAGGGCAUUGCACCACGCUUCACCACCGAAUUCGUUAACAUUGCUGACAUUGGCGAAGGUGAGUUGGCCCAUUUCGAGGCCAAUCUCAUUCCUCUGGGCGAUCAGAGCAUGGUCAUUGAAUGGUUCUUCAAUGGCAAAGUUCUUGAGGCCAGCCACCGCGUGCGCACCAUCUACGCCUUUGGCACCGUCGCCCUGGAAGUGCUGGGCACCAAGAUCGAGGACACCGGCACAUACACCUGCCGUGCCACCAACAAAUACGGCUCAGCUGAGAUCAGCUGCACGCUGGAGUGUGUCGACAAGCCUCGUGGCCAGAAACCGCACUUCACGUCGCACAUUCAGCCGCUGCAGGGCCUGAAGGAUGGCCAGUCCGCUCACUUCGAGUGCACCUUGAUUCCGGUUAAUGAUCCGGAUCUUAAGGUCGAGUGGUACCACAAUGGCAAACUGCUCCGUCACUCAAACCGCAUCAAAACGGUAUCCGACUUUGGCUACGUGGUCCUCGAUAUCGCCUAUCUGCAGGAUCACGACAGUGGCGAAUACGUUUGCCGCGCCUACAACAAGUACGGCGAGGACUUCACUCGCACCACUCUUAACUGUGGUGGUCGCGGUGGCGUGUUCUACGACAGCUUGCAGCCUGAUUCUCUCCAACGAAUCCGUGAGCUGGAGUGCCCGCAGGGCCAGCAAGCGGACAGUGGUGCUCCAGUGGUUGCCGAGCCACCCAAGUUCAUCACACAAAUCAGUGAUGUCACCAAGCUGGUGGAGGGCCAGAGCGCUCACUUUGAGGCGCGCUUGACGCCCAUUACCGAUCCCGACUUGGUGGUCGAGUGGUAUUUCAAUGGCAAGAAGCUGCCCCAUGGCCAUCGCUUCCGCACUUUCCACGACUUUGGCAUUGUCAUCCUGGAUAUCCUGUAUUGCUAUGAGGAGAACUCUGGUGUUUAUGAGUGCCGCGCCUACAACAAAUAUGGCGAGGAUGUCACCCGCGCCAGCCUGAAGUGCGCCUCCAAGGCCAGCCUGAUCUUGGACUCCCAGCUGCCACGUGGCAUGGAGGGCGGUCUGGAGAAGAUUGCCAAUCUGGAGUAUAGCAUGGUGCGUACCCGCGAGGAGACCACCGAGGAGACCAGAGGCAAGGCACCAGUGUUCACUGUGCCCCUGGAGAACAUUGACAAUCUGCGCGAGGGCGAGAACGCUCACUUUGAGGCUCGCAUCACGCCUGCUGAUGACCCCAAGCUGAAGGUGGAGUGGUACUGGAAUGGCCGUCCAUUGAAGGCUGGCUCUCGUUUCCGCACUUUCUGCGACUUUGGUUUCGUUAUUCUGGAAAUUUCUCCAGUCUACCCGGAGGAUUCUGGUGAAUACUCGUGCCGUGCCAUCAAUGAGUAUGGUGAGGCAGUGACCAGCGCAACAAUGAAGAUUCAAGGCAAGCGUAGCAUCAUUAUGGAAUCGCAGCUGCCCAAGGGCAUGGAAGGCACCAUCGAUCGCAUCGCUGAGCUGGAAGGUCUGGGCUCUCGCAGCACAGAGUUUGUGCCGGAGGACGAUACAGGCAAGCCACCAGAGUUCAUUACGACACCAUUCGAUAUGGUCAUCGGAGAGAACUCGCUGGCCCACUUCGAGUGUCGCCUGCAGCCCAUCAACGAUCCGUCCAUGCGCGUGGACUGGUUCCACAACGGCAAGGCCUUGUGGGCCGGCUCCCGCAUCAAGACCAUCAACGACUUUGGCUUUGUCAUCCUGGAGAUCGCCGGCUGCUACCAGCGAGAUACGGGUCUGUAUACCUGCAAGGCAACCAACAAGCACGGCGAGGCCACCGUCUCCUGCAAAUUGCAGGUCAAGGGUCGCCAGGGCAUUGUCAUGGAGCCGCAGCUGCCCUCGAACUUCCGCACUGGCACUGAGAGCCUGCAGAAGCUGGAAGAGAACAUGCACAAGCGUGAAGAGAUGGUCAUCGAUGAGGAGCAGCCAAAUCCACCCAAGUUCAUUGAGGAGAUCAAGGACAACUUGGACGUGCCCGAGGGCGGACCAAUUCACUUCGAUUGCCGCGUAGAGCCCGUUGGUGAUCCAACAAUGCGCAUUGAAUGGUACUACAAUGGCCGCGUCAUGGCCACUGGUUCCAGAGUUCAUCAACUGAACGACUUUGGCUUCAUUGCUUUGGAUAUUGACUACAUCUAUGCCAGGGACUCUGGCGAAUAUACCUGCCGCGCCACCAACAAGUGGGGCAGUGCCACCACCACCGCCAAGGUCACCUGCAAGGGCAAGCACAGCAUUGUCUACGAAUCACAGCUGCCCGAGGGCAUGACCGCCGAGAAGUUGAAGGAACUGGAACGUGGACGCAUCCCAGAGGCACCCAAGGUUGUCGAAGAGCAGUACGGACCACCGAAGUUCAUCACCCAGAUUGCAUCCUGCACAGCCGAGGAGUCUGAAGCUGUCCGAUUCGAGUGCCAAGUGGAACCAAAGACCGAUCCCAAUCUGCGCGUUGAAUGGUAUCGCAAUGGCAAGCCUUUGCCACUGGGUCAUCGCUAUAGGAACGUCUUCGACAUGGGCUUCGUCUCGCUGGACAUUUUGUAUGUGUACAGCGACGACUCUGGUGAAUACGUUUGCCGUGCCGUCAACAAGUAUGGCGAAGAUCGCACCAAGGCCACCGUCUCCUGCAAGAAAUUGCCUACGAUUCUGCUGCAAAAUCAAGUGCCACGUGGCAUGAAGCGGUCGGAAACGCUCACCCAAAUGGAGGCCACCAUCAAGAAGUACACCUCUGAGGUGCAUUUGACCGAGGAUGAUCUCUUCGAUCCCGAUCGCAAGCAGCCUCCUCGCUUUGUCACACAGAUCAAGGAGCAGCUCACGCUGACGGAAAUGGCUAAGACUAAGUUUGAGUGCCAGUUGGCGCCUGUGGGUGAUCCGAACAUGAAGGUCGAAUGGUUCUUCAAUGGCAAGCCCUUGCUCUACAAGAACCGCUUCCAGCCCAUUUACGACUUCGGUUAUGUCGCCAUGAAUUUCGGCUGGGUUUAUCCCGAGGACAGCGGGGAAUAUGUCUGCCGCGCCACGAACUUGUAUGGCAUGGAUGAGACUCGUGCCAUCAUCAAGGUAUCCGGCAAGCCGGGCAUUGUCUACGACUCGCAGCUGCCUGCCCAUAUGCAGAGCAUCGAUCGCAUUCGCGAAAUGGAAGCUUCCUGGCAAGUGGUACCCGAAGAAGCUGACCCCGAUGCCAAGCCCAGAACGAAACCAGUGUUUGUUAGCAAGCUGGAGCCGCAGACGGUCGAGGAGGGCGAACCAGCCAGAUUCUGUGUGCGUGUCACCGGUCAUCCACGUCCUCGUGUCAUGUGGCUGAUCAACGGCCACACUGUUGUUCAUGGCUCGCGCUACAAGUUGACCAACGAUGGCAUGUUCCAUCUUGAUAUACCCAAGACGCGUCAAUAUGAUACCGGCAAGGUGGAGGUUAUAGCGCGCAAUUCUGUGGGCGAAUCGAUUGCUUCGACCGAACUGAAUGUUGUCGCACGCUCUGAUGACUAUCGCAAUGUUCUCAAGAACUCACCACGCCCAUGGUACGAUUACGAACUAGCAGCCUACCAGAAGGAGCGCCAGGAGAACGAGCUGGAAAAGGUAUUCGAUGAGCGUAAGCAAUAUUUGUCCGAGCAGAGUGCGCACACCCUGAAGGGCGUUGAGCACCUGAAGCCCAAGCAGUACAAGCCCCAGACACCCGAUUGGCAGCAGAACGUCAAGGCCAAGAAGAGCGAGGAGUACUAUAAUAAGAUCCAGGAGCUGGAAACUGAGCAGUUGCUCAAGGAGACCAAUUUGCGCAGGGAUACCCAUCAAUAUGCCAUUCCCGGCGAGAAGGUUGUCAGCAGCUCAGCUGCCAAGGGCAUGGCGCACUCCUACGAGGAGAAUCUUCAAGAGCAAACGAGCACCACCCAGGUCAAGGGCGCCCCACCAAAGGGCGUAGCCCAGCCUUCAGAGUCGUCGGUGCAUGGACGUGAGGUGCACAUGAAUAAGCAGCAGCAAGUGCAGAAGGAGAUCCAAGGUGACUUGGAGAUCACACGCAAGAUCACUGCCACCGAAACCACCGAAGUGGAGCAUAAGGGCACCAUUCAAGAGCGCGUUGUCAAGGGUCCAGUCCAACCCUCUAAGGCACCCGUGUUCACCAAAAAGAUUCAGCCAUGCCGCGUCUUUGAGAACGAGCAGGCCAAAUUCGAAGUGGAGUUCGAGGGCGAGCCCAUGCCAACUGUGAAGUGGUUCCGUGAAAGCUUCCCCAUCCAGAACUCACCUGAUUUGCAGAUUCACACAUUCAGCGGCAAAUCCAUAUUGAUCAUACGCCAGGUCUUCAUCGAGGACUCGGCUGUGUUUACCUGCGUGGCAGAGAAUCGUGGCGGAACUGCCAAGUGCAGCGCCAAUUUGGUUGUGGAGGAGCGCAGACGCGCCGGCAAGGGCGGCAUACAGCCACCAAGCUUUGUGUCCACCAUUCAGAGCACAACCGUGUCCACUGGCCAACUGGCUCGCUUCGAUGCCAAGGUAACUGGCACACGCCCCAUGGAUGUUUACUGGCUGAAAAACGGCAUGAAGAUCCAGCCCAGCAUCAAGUUCAAGAUGCUGGAAGAGGACAACAUUCACACUCUGUUGAUCAUUGAGCCGUUCGCCGAGGACUCUGGCCGCUAUGAGUGCGUGGCUGUCAACGCCGCUGGCGAGGCACGCUGCGAUGGCGAUUGCAUUGUUCAAUCGCCCACCAAGCCGGAGAAGCCAACAACGCCCGGCAGCGAGAAGCCGCCACACAUUGUGGAGCAGCUGAAGAGCCAGUCCGUAGAGGAAGGCAGCAAGGUAAUCUUCCGCUGCCGCGUGGAUGGCAAGCCCACUCCGACAGCUCGUUGGAUGCGUGGCGAAAACUUUGUGAAGCCAUCUCGCUACUUCCAAAUGUCGCGUCAAGGCGAAUACUAUCAGCUGAUCAUCUCGGAGGCAUUCCCCGAGGACGAGGGCACCUACAAGUGCGUUGCCGAAAACAAACUGGGCAGCAUUCAGACCAGCGCGCAGCUCAAAGUGCGUCCCAUCGAAAACCUGGAUGCACCACCCACCAUCACCGCUCUCAAGGAUGUCUCCGUCACCGAGGGCAUGCCGGCGCAGUUCAAGACCACUGUCACCGGCAAAGUGAAAGCAACCAGUGUGCAGUGGUUCCGCGAGGGACAACUGAUACCGGAAACACCUGACUUCCAGAUGAUCUUUGAUGGCAACAGUGCCGUGCUUUUGAUUGGCACCACCUACGAGGAGGAUUCGGGCAUCUUUACUGUGCGUGUGACCUCGUCAACUGGACAGGUCGAGUCAUCAGCCAAACUGACUGUUAAAAAACGACGUAUCUCGGCUUAUCAAUUGCGUACGAUUGAUUCUGUCGAAGAUGAGUCCUCGUCAUCUGGCAGGGAAGAUAGUUCACCUGAAUCGCCCAACCAGUUCCAGCAGCAACAGCAGCCGGGCGCAUAUGGUCAAUAUUUGGGCGUUAAUGGGCAGGUACAGCAUCAGGGUCGCUCUCGCACUAAGAAGACAAAAGUGCGCAGCAAGUCCUUGCAGCCGCCCACUAAUAUUGUGCCUUGGCGCAAGUCCUCGCGUCCGCACCGUGGACGCUCACUAGACAAGCAGCCAUUCCUGCCGGGUUUCAAGCCAGAGCCGAUCAAGUCGUGGACCGAAGAGACGAUUAGCUUAAAGGCCACACCCAUUGAGAAAAAGAAGCCGAUACCCAAGCUAGAAGCCGCAAAGGUUGUCCUCAAGUCCAUCAAGUCUGAACGAGAUCAGGGCAUCAUGAGCCUGGGAGCUACUUUGGAGCAGAUUAUCGCUGGCAAGACCGAAAAGGAGGCCGUGCCUUGGAUAACAAUGCGUGAGAAGCUAAAGCAGGUGGAGAGUGUGCAACGACAGCUGAGCAAAUUUGACCUUGAUGAGGUCUAUUUGCGGCCAUUAGAGGGUCAAAUCGAAACCGACCAGCAGCUGCCACAGCAAGCCCAACUGGAGGAGGUGCAACGCACCAAGGAAAUUCAACGCCUUAAGAGCAUGGAAAGCGUAGAAAUCAUGGAAAUGACUGACCAGAUUGAUAAGCUCAUUACCCAGCAGCAGAAUAACAAGGAUCGCAUUCCAUGGAAGGAGAUGCGUCAGCAGCUGAAGAGCGUGCAGCGGGUAACCAAGCAAAUUGACAAGUUCAAGAUUGACGAGGUUGAGCUGCGCCAUCUGCAGGCUCAGCAGAGUAUCGCUGAAGAUUUCCAGAGUGCUACUCAGGACACAGUUGUCAUGACUAUCGAUGAUAGCUCCAAGAGCUCAAUUUCUAAGAUUAUGACACGCGAUGAGAUUCAGCACUACGAGGACCAGUCGAAUAUCUACAAGCAGCAGUUCAUAACCACUGAGGACGUUAACAUAAUGCAUGUUUCAGAGCGCGAGAAGCUCGAGGCACAAAGACUGCUCAGGGAACAGCAAGCUGUCAACUGGAGACAGCAGCAGCAGCGUCCUCAACUGCAGCCACUAACCUCUGUCGAGGAUACGAUCUCACAGACCAGCGAACGCCAAAAGAUUGUGCAGCAGCAGAGCCUUAUCGAAGAGAGCCAACGCCAGCAGUUUGUGCAAGUCGAAGACUCCCAGAUGAUGAGCAUUGAGCAGUAUGAACAUCAAAAGAUGAUCAACCAGCGCACUCAAGGGGAGUCCUACAACUGGCGUCAGCCACGUGAGCCACAGAAGUUCAUUCAGGUUGAGGACUCAUCUCUGUUGCAUCUACAAGAGCGACAAGAUACCCAGGAACAACAGCUUAUACAGCCCCAGCCUGUUAUGUGGGACCGUGGUAAGAAAAAGCAACAGCCUAUGCAACCCCAAGGUCCUAUUCCCCAAGAGCAACAGCAGUUCGUGGAGAAACCAAAGACAUAUGAAGAAAUGCAUGAUGAGCUGAUUGAACCAGUUCCAGUCCAACAGCCAGAGCCAGUGCCAGUUAUGUGGGAGCGUGGCAAGAAGAAGCCAGUCCAGCCACAACAGAAGGCAUUUGAAGAGCUCCAUGACGUGCUGGAUGAACCUGUUCCGGUGCAACAGCCGGAGCCUGUUCCUGUCAUGUGGGAACGUGGUAAGAAAAAACCAGUUGUCCAAGAAGUUACUGAUACUCAACAAAUUGUAGAAACAUCGCAAGUGGUUGAGCAACAAGUUGUCGAGGAGACAAAGAAAACGGCAGUACGUCGUGUAAUACCACCGCGUGAGCCAGAGCAGAAGGUAGAGCAAGUGACUCUUAAGCCAACUCCACGAGCGGCACCUAAACAAGCUCAAAAGUCUGAAGAAUUCCAACUGAAGCCACUCAAGACUACGCGAACCGUUCAACAAACUGUUCAAGAGUCGGUUCAAACGGCCACCGAAGAAACUCAACACAUUACGGAAGUGGCACAGAUCUCGAAAACACUUGAAGUUGCCGAGGAUACUUUGGAAGAAGAAACCACCAAGAUCGUGGAACCUCAGCCGCAGCCAGUAAUGUGGGAGCGUGGCAAGAAGAAACUUCAACAGCCUACAGCUCAAGAGAUACCAAAGUCGCAUGAAGCUGCUGUUGAUACGCUUGAAGAGGAAAUACCUCCAGCUGUUCAGCCAGAGCCACAGCCUGUUAUGUGGGAGCGAGGCAAAAAGAAGCCCCAGCAGCCUAAAGCUCAAGAAAUUCCCAAGACUCAAGAAGUCGCUGUUGAUACUCUUCAGGAAGAAACAGCUCCAACUGUGGAACCAGAGCCGCAGCCAGUGAUGUGGGAGCGCGGAAAGAAGAAGAAGCCAACUCAAAAAUUGGUGGAGGAGAUUGCUCCCGAAGUUCCAACAAAAACAUUUGAGGAGGCAGUCGAUGUUCUGCCAGAGGAACCUAAGGUUGAGGAUAAGCCAGAACCUGUUUUAUGGCAACGAGGUAAGAAAAAGCCGAAGCCAACUGAGGAGCAACACCCAGAUGAAGUCGAUGCCCAAAUCGAACAAGUUGUUGAGGAGGAGGAACAAGUGGUUGAAGAAAAGCGUAAAGUCAAAAAGGUUAAGAAACCUAAGCUUCCACAGGAACCAGUUGAACAGCCUAAAGAAGAGGAGAUAAUUGAAGAGAAAGAAGAGGAGAUAAUUGAAGAGAAAGAAGAUAUCGUUGAAGAAGAAGAGGAAGUAAUAGUGGAAGAAAAGCGUAAAAUAAAGAAGGCAAAGAAACCAAAGAAAACUGUUGAAGUAACUGAGGAGCCAGAAGAGCCGGAAGAGCCAACGGAAGACAUUCCAGAAGAGGAAGUUGUCCAGGAGCAGGAAGAAUUGGUUGAGAAAAAGCGAAAGGUGAAAAAGACAAGAAAACCAAAACCCACAGAGGCAGAGCAAGAAGAACAGGAAGUUGAAGAAGAGAUUCCAGAAGCACAGCCCGAAGAGGUUCCAGAAAUCGAAGAGCCUUCAGUUAAAGAGCCGACGAAAAAGAAGCCAGUUCCCAAAGUGCAAGAAGUGGAACAAGUUGAAAAGGUUACGCUUAAGCCCGUUCCCAGAAAACAGCAUCAACUACCUGAAAAAGAGCAAGUUGAAGAAGUGACGCUCAAGCCACGUCCAAAGACUUCAAUUGUCUCGGAGACACAACAGCCCGAAACAACUGAAACUGAGUUUGUUGAGACAGAAAAGGUUGUUACAUUCGAAGACCAAGUAGUGGAUGUAACUAAGAAGCGUGUUAAGAAGAAGAAGCCGAAGACAAAGCCUGAGAGUCAGGAAUCUAUCGAAGAGCCAAUCGCAGAACCAGUUGAAGAAAUUGAAAAGCAAGAAGAAGAACAACCAGAAGAAAUCGAGCCUGUAGAGAAUGUGGCUGAGGAACAAGUUAUCGAGGAAGCUCCAAAGGAAAAGGUUACGAAAUUCAAGCCCAAAAAGGAAGAAGUUGUUGAAAUGGUUGAAGAAGUUGCUUUGAAACCGGUAACCAGACCAAAGAAACAAUUGCCUCAGGAAGCAACAAUAGAAGAGGUACGUCUCAAGCCUACGAAACGCACAACUACCAAGCCUGAGGAAGUUAAAUUGGAAGAAGUCGACUUGCAACAUGUUGAAAAGGUAGAAGAGGAAGUAAUUCAGGAAGAGAAGCGAAAGGUCAAAAAGGUAAAGAAGCCCAAGCACGAAGAGCUUCCUGAAAUUCCAGAUGCGGAGCCUACCAUCUUGGAAGAGGCAGAGUUGAUCGACAUCGAGAAAGAGCCUAAGCCCGAAGAAGAGAAGCCACAAGUCCCUUGGAAGCGUGGUGAGAAGAAGAAGCCAGUUGCGGAGCCUUUAGAGGAAAAGCAAUGGCCAACUGGUAAACGACGCCCUCUGCCCGAAGAACAGCCUGAAGAGAUACAGCUCAAGCCGAUUCCAUCCAAACCUGUGGAAAUUCCUGCAGCACCUGAAAAGGCAGUUUCUCCACCUGAGCUACAGCCGGAAGAAAAGGUGGAAAGCGAAGAUGAGAUUUCUGAUUUGGAGCCUCUGAAGUUACCAGAAGAGAAACAACCCAAAGAAAAGGUUAAAAAGGAAAAGAAGAAGAAACCAAAGUUGAAGAAGGCAACGCCAUCAGUGGAUGAAGUUUCCGAAGAAGUGGCCCAGCCAUUUGCAGAGCCAAUUGCUGAAGAAGAUCAAGUUGAAGAGCUUCCAGUUGAUGAUGUGAAGGUUGUUGCUGUCUCUGAAGAUGUGCAGCCAGAGGAAGAAGUCGUGGUAACUGAGAAAACACCCGAAACCAAACAAAAGGCGCAUAAGAAGCGUACAAAACCACUGAAAGAAGUUUCGGUUGAAGGACAACCACAACUGCUGGAAGCAGCUGUUGCCGAAAUCGAAAAGGCUGAUGAAAUUUCCCAAGAGAUCUCACAAAAGACUAUUACUCUACUGAAGAAGACUGAAGAUACAAGACCUCAAUUCAUAACAACAGAGCAGCUUAUUGAGCUCGACGUGGAGGACGUAAGACGCGAUCUGGAAAUGAAAAUAACUUCGAAUAUAAUUAAGAAGGAGAAACGGCGCGUUGUGCUUGAUGACAGCCAGCCUCUGCCCGAAUUGGAGCUAAUCACGCAGAAACGUAUUCAAGAGGGCAUCGACAAAGUGGCCGAUGAGGAGCUGAUCGAGGAUCAGCAAUUGACUCAGAACUUAGAGGAAACAACUACGUCUGAGGUAAUUGGCCAGGAGCGCAAGCUAGUCAAAAAGAAGAAGAAGGAAAUCAAGCCACCGCGUAUCACCGAGAAGCUGCGACCACGUCAAUGUGUUCCCGAAGAGCCCACCAUCCUCGAAUGCAAGGUUGAAGGCGUACCAUUCCCAGAAAUCAAUUGGUACUUUAACGACAUGCUAUUGUUUGCAUCGGAAAAGUAUGAAAUCACCGUUGUGGAGCAGGUGGCACAGCUGAAGAUAGCCAAGGUCACGCCCAGCGAUGUGGGAGUGUACACCUGUGAGGCGAAGAACGAAGCCGGCGUGGCAACAAGUCGUACCAACAUAAUUUUAGAAAAAGAACAAGGAGUCGCGCCACAAUUUACGAAACCACUUAAGAUCGAGUUUACAGAGGAAAAGCAGCCCGAGCGGCUUAAGGUAACUGUAACGUGUCAAGUGACUGGCAAACCCAAGCCUCAAGUUAAGUGGUACCGUGGUAUUGAGGAGGUGAUACCCAGCGAAGCUUUGCAGAUGUUUUAUGAUCAAGAGACUGGCGACGUUGUCUUGGAGGUUAUAAAUCCGCCUCCAAAUGAAGCCAUUACCUAUUCGGUUCAGGCUCAAAAUCAAUUUGGACGCGCCAUUGGCAAUGCCAACAUUAUGAGCCGCGUGGAUGAAGCGCCCAAAGAGAUUCUCAAGCCGCCCACAGUAACUCCGUUGAGUGCGGUUGUGGUUCCAAAUGGAGGCACAUUACUGUUCGAGGCCAAAUACGAUGGUAUCCCAAGACCAGAGAUCAAAUGGCUGCGCAAUGGCCGUGAGAUUAUCGAAAACGAGGAAACCAUUAUAGAAACCACAGAGACAACGACAACAAUCAAGGUUAUCAAUAUGACUCGUAAGCGUACAGGAAAGUAUGAAGUUUGUGCCAAGAAUAAGGUGGGUGAGGCCAAGUCUUCUGGCUCUGUGGUUGUUUCUGAUCAAGCACCUGAUAAGAAAAUCAGACCACCCAAAUUCAUUCAACCACUUGAGCCGAAAUUCUUUGGAGAACAUGAAGUUGCAAUACUCGAGGUUGUUGUCGAUUCAGAGCCGCUUUCAUCCUUCCAAUGGUUUGUUCACAAUGAACCCAUUAAGAGCUCGAAUGAAUGCCGUAUUGUUAGCCAGGCUAACAAGUCAACGCUCUUGAUUGAGGACUUCCAGCCGAAGUUCUCCGGCCCAUUCACUUGUCGAGCUGAGAACGUUGGCGGCUCGGUCACAUCAACAGCAACAGUUAAUAUGCUGGAGGGCGCACCACAGGAACAGGCUGUGGAAUUCGAAUCGCCACGCUUCAUUGAGGAAUUGAUUCAGCCCAUAGAUGUAAUGGAUGGCGAACAGCUGCUAUUGACUUGUCGAGUGACGGGCAAGCCUACACCAAAGGUGGAAUGGUAUCACAAUAAGGAAAAGAUAACAGAAACAAAGGAGACAACACUGUCGCAGGAUGCGCAAGGAAAUUGCCAGCUACAAAUAACGGAAGUUUUCCCUGAAAAUCAGGGCCAAUAUAAAUGCGUUGCGACAAAUAAGAUUGGCAAGAGCGUCACGAAGACAACUGUUAAUAUUCAAGCAUUUGAAUAUAUCCCCGAUUCUGAAAUCACUGGACUCACAGGAUCUGAGGAGGAUCUACUUGAUAGAACUAUCUCAAUCGACGAACAACCUCCGAAAAUUAUUAAAAAGCUACCUGAAAAAAUCGAACCCAAAGAGGGUGAACAAGCGAAAUUGGAAGUUAAGGUUAUUGGUAAACCAAAACCAAAAGUCAAAUGGCUACGUGACGACGAACAGAUAUUCGCCUCCGAGGAAUAUCAAAUCGAAAAUUUCGAAGAUGGGACCUCAGUGUUGGUCAUCAAUCAUGUAUAUCCCGAUGAUGUGGGCACAAUUAGUUUUGAGGCCUACAAUCCAUUGGGAGUGGCAGUAACAACUGCACUAUUCGCAGUCGAAGGCAUCGUUGGAUCAAAGGAUUAUCGCAAACCAGAAUGGGUGACCCACAUGGAAGAGAUGCAAGUCGCUCUCAAAGAUACAAAACAAGCCACAGACACAAAACACACACAACAAAAAACACCAACACAAGAAACACAUGAAAUUCGGGAGCUUCCGGAAGAAGUUCGUGUGGUUGAAACUGUAACCGAGGACGGCAAGCCCAAAAAGAAGAAGAUACGCACUCGUGUUAUCAAGAAGGUUAAGGGUGAUAAACAAGAAGUUACCAAGAUUGAAACCGUCGAAGAAGAUGACAAACAACCCGAAACUACUGUUACAGUAGAAGAAGUUCCAGUGGAAGAGGAACAGCCUGAAGAGAUUCGGGAGCUUCCGGAAGAGGUUCGUGUGGUUGAAACUGUAACCGAGGACGGCAAGCCGAAAAAGAAGAAGAUACGCACUCGUGUUAUCAAGAAGGUUAAGGGCGAUAAACAAGAAGUCACCAAGAUUGAAACCGUCGAAGAAGAUGACAAGCAACCCGAAACUACUGUCACAGUGGAAGAAGUUCCUGUGGAAGAGGAACAACCUGAAGAGAUACGGGAGCUUCCGGAAGAGGUUCGUGUGGUUGAAACUGUAACCGAGGACGGCAAGCCGAAAAAGAAGAAGAUACGCACUCGUGUUAUCAAGAAGGUUAAGGGCGAUAAACAAGAAGUCACCAAGAUUGAAACCGUCGAAGAAGAUGACAAGCAACCCGAAACUACUGUCACAGUGGAAGAAGUUCCAAUGGAUGAGCAACAACCUGAAGAGAUUCGGGAGCUUCCGGAAGAGGUUCGUGUGGUUGAAACUGUAACCGAGGACGGGAAGCCCAAAAAGAAGAAGAUACGCACACGUGUUAUCAAGAAGGUUAAGGGUGAUAAACAAGAGGUCACCAAGAUUGAAACCGUCGAAGAAGAUGACAAACAACCCGAAACUACUGUUACAGUUGAAGAAGUUCCAGUGGAAGAGGAACAACGAGAAGAUAUUCGGGAGCUUCCGGAAGAGGUUCGUGUGGUUGAAACUGUAACCGAGGACGGGAAGCCCAAGAAGAAGAAGAUACGCACACGUGUUAUCAAGAAGGUUAAGGGUGAUAAACAAGAAGUCACCAAGAUUGAAACCAUUGAAGAAGAUGACAAACAACCCGAAACUACUGUCACAGUUGAAGAAGUUCCAGUGGAAGAGGAACAACCUGAAGAGAUUCGGGAGCUUCCGGAAGAAGUUCGCGUGGUUGAAACUAUAACAGAAGAUGGCAAGCCCAAAAAGAAGAAGAUACGCACACGUGUUAUCAAGAAGGUUAAGGGUGAUAAACAAGAGGUCACCAAGAUUGAAACCGUCGAAGAAGAUGACAAACAACCCGAAACUACUGUUACAGUUGAAGAAGUUCCAGUGGAAGAGGAACAACGAGAAGAUAUUCGGGAGCUUCCGGAAGAGGUUCGUGUGGUUGAAACUGUAACCGAGGACGGGAAGCCCAAGAAGAAGAAGAUACGCACACGUGUUAUCAAGAAGGUUAAGGGUGAUAAACAAGAAGUCACCAAGAUUGAAACCAUCGAAGAAGAUGACAAACAACCCGAAACUACUGUCACAGUUGAAGAAGUUCCAGUGGAAGAGGAACAACCUGAAGAGAUUCGGGAGCUUCCGGAAGAGGUUCGUGUGGUUGAAACUAUAACAGAAGAUGGCAAGCCCAAGAAGAAGAAGAUACGCACACGUGUUAUCAAGAAAGUUAAGGGUGAUAAACAAGAAGUCACCAAGAUUGAAACCGUCGAAGAAGAUGACAAGCAACCCGAAACUACUGUCACAGUGGAAGAAGUUCCAGUGGAAGAGGAACAACCUGAAGAGAUUCGGGAGCUUCCGGAAGAGGUUCGUGUGGUUGAAACUGUAACCGAGGACGGCAAGCCCAAGAAGAAGAAGAUACGCACUCGUGUUAUCAAGAAGGUUAAGGGCGAUAAACAAGAAGUCACCAAGAUUGAAACCAUUGAAGAAGAUGGAAAGCCAACCGAAACUUCUGUCUCCGUCACAGAAGUUCCCAUACCAGAGGAACAACCUGACGAGAUUAUGGAGCUUCCAGAAGAAGUUCGUGUGGUUGAAACUGUAACCGAGGACGGCAAGCCCAAAAAGAAGAAGAUACGCACUCGUGUUAUCAAGAAGGUUAAGGGCGAUAAACAAGAAGUCACCAAGAUUGAAACCGUCGAAGAAGAUGACAAGCAACCCGAAACUACUGUCACAGUGGAAGAAGUUCCAACGGAUGAGCAACAAUCUGAAGAGAUUCGGGAGCUUCCGGAAGAAGUUCGUGUGGUUGAAACUGUAACCGAGGACGGCAAGCCCAAAAAGAAGAAGAUACGCACUCGUGUUAUCAAGAAGGUUAAGGGUGAUAAACAAGAAGUUACCAAGAUUGAAACCGUCGAAGAAGAUGACAAACAACCCGAAACUACUGUUACAGUAGAAGAAGUUCCAGUGGAAGAGGAACAGCCUGAAGAGAUUCGGGAGCUUCCGGAAGAGGUUCGUGUGGUUGAAACUGUAACCGAGGACGGCAAGCCGAAAAAGAAGAAGAUACGCACUCGUGUUAUCAAGAAGGUUAAGGGCGAUAAACAAGAAGUCACCAAGAUUGAAACCGUCGAAGAAGAUGACAAGCAACCCGAAACUACUGUCACAGUGGAAGAAGUUCCAAUGGAUGAGCAACAACCUGAAGAGAUUCGGGAGCUUCCGGAAGAGGUUCGUGUGGUUGAAACUGUAACCGAGGACGGGAAGCCCAAAAAGAAGAAGAUACGCACACGUGUUAUCAAGAAGGUUAAGGGUGAUAAACAAGAGGUCACAAAGAUUGAAACCGUCGAAGAAGAUGACAAACAACCCGAAACUACUGUUACAGUUGAAGAAGUUCCAGUGGAAGAGGAACAACGAGAAGAUAUUCGGGAGCUUCCGGAAGAGGUUCGUGUGGUUGAAACUGUAACCGAGGACGGGAAGCCCAAGAAGAAGAAGAUACGCACACGUGUUAUCAAGAAGGUUAAGGGUGAUAAACAAGAAGUCACCAAGAUUGAAACCAUUGAAGAAGAUGACAAACAACCCGAAACUACUGUCACAGUUGAAGAAGUUCCAGUGGAAGAGGAACAACCUGAAGAGAUUCGGGAGCUUCCGGAAGAAGUUCGCGUGGUUGAAACUAUAACAGAAGAUGGCAAGCCCAAAAAGAAGAAGAUACGCACACGUGUUAUCAAGAAGGUUAAGGGUGAUAAACAAGAGGUCACCAAGAUUGAAACCGUCGAAGAAGAUGACAAACAACCCGAAACUACUGUUACAGUUGAAGAAGUUCCAGUGGAAGAGGAACAACGAGAAGAUAUUCGGGAGCUUCCGGAAGAGGUUCGUGUGGUUGAAACUGUAACCGAGGACGGGAAGCCCAAGAAGAAGAAGAUACGCACACGUGUUAUCAAGAAGGUUAAGGGUGAUAAACAAGAAGUCACCAAGAUUGAAACCAUCGAAGAAGAUGACAAACAACCCGAAACUACUGUUACAGUUGAAGAAGUUCCAGUGGAAGAGGAACAACGAGAAGAUAUUCGGGAGCUUCCGGAAGAGGUUCGUGUGGUUGAAACUGUAACCGAGGACGGGAAGCCCAAGAAGAAGAAGAUACGCACACGUGUUAUCAAGAAGGUUAAGGGUGAUAAACAAGAAGUCACCAAGAUUGAAACCAUCGAAGAAGAUGACAAACAACCCGAAACUACUGUCACAGUUGAAGAAGUUCCAGUGGAAGAGGAACAACCUGAAGAGAUUCGGGAGCUUCCGGAAGAGGUUCGUGUGGUUGAAACUAUAACAGAAGAUGGCAGGCCCAAGAAGAAGAAGAUACGCACACGUGUUAUCAAGAAAGUUAAGGGUGAUAAACAAGAAGUCACCAAGAUUGAAACCGUCGAAGAAGAUGACAAGCAACCCGAAACUACUGUCACAGUGGAAGAAGUUCCAGUGGAAGAGGAACAACCUGAAGAGAUUCGGGAGCUUCCGGAAGAGGUUCGUGUGGUUGAAACUGUAACCGAGGACGGCAAGCCCAAAAAGAAGAAGAUACGCACUCGUGUUAUCAAGAAAGUUAAGGGUGAUAAACAAGAAGUCACCAAGAUUGAAACCGUCGAAGAAGAUGACAAACAACCCGAAACUACUGUUACAGUGGAAGAAGUUCCAGUGGAAGAGGAACAACCUGAAGAGAUUCGGGAGCUUCCGGAAGAGGUUCGUGUGGUUGAAACUGUAACCGAGGACGGCAAGCCCAAGAAGAAGAAGAUACGCACUCGUGUUAUCAAGAAGGUUAAGGGCGAUAAACAAGAAGUCACCAAGAUUGAAACCAUUGAAGAAGAUGGAAAGCCAACCGAAACUUCUGUCUCCGUCACAGAAGUUCCCAUACCAGAGGAACAACCUGACGAGAUUAUGGAGCUUCCAGAAGAAGUUCGUGUGGUUGAAACUGUAACCGAGGACGGCAAGCCCAAAAAGAAGAAAAUACGCACUCGUGUUAUCAAGAAGGUUAAGGGUGAUAAACAAGAAGUCACCAAGAUUGAAACCGUCGAAGAAGAUGACAAACAACCCGAAACUACUGUUACAGUUGAAGAAGUUCCAGUGGAUGAGGAACAGCCUGAAGAGAUUCGGGAGCUUCCGGAAGAGGUUCGUGUGGUUGAAACUGUAACCGAGGACGGCAAGCCGAAAAAGAAGAAGAUACGCACUCGUGUUAUCAAGAAGGUUAAGGGUGAAACCGUCGAAGAAGAUGACAAACAACCCGAAACUACUGUCACAGUGGAAGAAGUUCCAAUGGAUGAGCAACAACCUGAAGAGAUUCGGGAGCUUCCGGAAGAGGUUCGUGUGGUUGAAACUGUAACCGAGGACGGAAAGCCCAAAAAGAAGAAGAUACGCACUCGUGUUAUCAAGAAGGUUAAGGGCGAUAAACAAGAAGUCACCAAGAUUGAAACCGUCGAAGAAGAUGACAAACAACCCGAAACUACUGUUACAGUAGAAGAAGUUCCAGUGGAAGAGGAACAACCUGAAGAGAUUCGGGAGCUUCCGGAAGAGGUUCGUGUGGUUGAAACAGUAACCGAGGACGGCAAGCCGAAAAAGAAAAAGAUACGCACACGUGUUAUCAAGAAGGUUAAGGGUGAUAAACAAGAGGUCACCAAGAUUGAAACCGUCGAAGAAGAUGACAAGCAACCCGAAACUACUGUCACAGUGGAAGAAGUUCCUGUGGAAGAGGAAAUGCCUGAAGAGAUUCGGGAGCUUCCGGAAGAGGUUCGUGUGGUUGAAACUGUAACCGAGGACGGCAAGCCCAAAAAGAAGAAGAUACGCACACGUGUUAUCAAGAAGGUUAAGGGCGAUAAACAAGAAGUCACCAAGAUUGAAACCGUCGAAGAAGAUGACAAACAACCCGAAACUACUAUUACAGUUGAAGAAGUUCCAAUGGAUGAGCAACAACCUGAAGAGAUUCGGGAGCUUCCGGAAGAGGUUCGUGUGGUUGAAACUGUAACCGAGGACGGCAAGCCCAAAAAGAAGAAGAUACGCACACGUGUUAUCAAGAAGGUUAAGGGUGAUAAACAAGAGGUCACCAAGAUUGAAACCGUCGAAGAAGAUGACAAACAACCCGAAACUACUGUAACAGUUGAAGAAGUUCCAGUGGAAGAGGAACAACGAGAAGAUAUUCGGGAGCUUCCGGAAGAGGUUCGUGUGGUUGAAACUGUAACCGAGGACGGGAAGCCGAAAAAGAAGAAGAUACGCACUCGUGUUAUCAAGAAGGUUAAAGGUGAUAAGCAAGAAGUCACCAAGAUUGAAACCGUCGAAGAAGAUGACAAACAACCCGAAACUACUGUCACAGUUGAAGAAGUUCGAGUGGAAGAGGAACAACCUGAAGAGAUUCGGGAGCUUCCGGAAGAGGUUCGCGUGGUUGACACUAUAACAGAAGAUGGCAAGCCCAAGAAGAAGAAGAUACGCACACGUGUUAUCAAGAAGGUUAAGGGUGAUAAACAAGAGGUCACCAAGAUUGAAACCGUCGAAGAAGAUGACAAACAACCCGAAACUACUGUUACAGUUGAAGAAGUUCCAGUGGAAGAGGAACAACGAGAAGAUAUUCGGGAGCUUCCGGAAGAGGUUCGUGUGGUUGAAACUGUAACCGAGGACGGCAAGCCCAAAAAGAAGAAGAUACGCACACGUGUUAUCAAGAAGGUUAAGGGUGAUAAACAAGAGGUCACCAAGAUUGAAACCGUCGAAGAAGAUGACAAACAACCCGAAACUACUGUUACAGUUGAAGAAGUUCCAGUGGAAGAGGAACAACGAGAAGAUAUUCGGGAGCUUCCGGAAGAGGUUCGUGUGGUUGAAACUGUAACCGAGGACGGCAAGCCCAAAAAGAAGAAGAUACGCACACGUGUUAUCAAGAAGGUUAAGGGUGAUAAACAAGAAGUCACCAAGAUUGAAACGGUCGAAGAAGAUGACAAACAACCCGAAACUACUGUUACAGUGGAAGAAGUUCCAGUGGAGGAGGAACAACCUGAAGAGAUUCGGGAGCUUCCGGAAGAGGUUCGUGUGGUUGAAACUGUAACCGAGGACGGCAAGCCCAAGAAGAAGAAGAUACGCACACGUGUUAUAAAGAAGGUCAAGGGUGAUAAACAAGAAGUCACCAAGAUUGAAACUAUCGAAGAAGAUGACAAACAACCCGAAACUACUGUCACAGUGGAAGAAGUUCCUGUGGAAGAGGAACAACCUGAAGAGAUUCGGGAGCUUCCGGAAGAGGUUCGUGUGGUUGAAACUGUAACCGAGGACGGCAAGCCCAAAAAGAAGAAAAUACGCACACGUGUUAUCAAGAAGGUUAAGGGUGAUAAACAAGAGGUCACCAAGAUUGAAACCGUUGAAGAAGAUGACAAACAACCCGAAACUACUGUUACAGUGGAAGAAGUUCCAGUGGAAGAGGAACAACCUGAAGAGAUUCGGGAGCUUCCGGAAGAGGUUCGCGUGGUUGAAACUAUAACAGAAGAUGGCAAGCCCAAGAAGAAGAAGAUACGCACACGUGUUAUCAAGAAGGUUAAAGGUGAUAAACAAGAAGUCACCAAGAUUGAAACCGUCGAAGAAGAUGACAAACAACCCGAAACUACUGUCACAGUGGAAGAAGUUCCAGUGGAAGAGGAACAACGUGAAGAGAUUCGGGAGCUUCCGGAAGAGGUUCGUGUGGUUGAAACUGUAACCGAGGAUGGCAAGCCCAAAAAGAAAAAGAUACGCACACGUGUUAUCAAGAAGGUUAAGGGUGAUAAACAAGAGGUCACCAAGAUUGAAACCGUCGAAGAAGAUGACAAACAACCCGAAACUACUGUUACAGUGGAAGAAGUUCCAGUGGAAGAGGAACAACCUGAAGAGUUGCGGGAGCUUCCGGAAGAAGUUCGUGUGGUUGAAACUGUAACCGAGGACGGCAAGCCCAAAAAGAAAAAGAUACGCACACGUGUUAUCAAGAAGGUUAAGGGCGAUAAACAAGAGGUCACCAAGAUUGAAACCGUCGAAGAAGAUGACAAACAACCCGAAACUACUAUUACAGUUGAAGAAGUUCCAAUGGAUGAGGAACAGCCUGAAGAGAUUCAAGAGCUUCCAGAAGAGGUUCGUGUGGUUGAAACUGUAACCGAGGACGGCAAGCCCAAGAAGAAGAAAAUACGCACACGUGUUAUCAAGAAGGUUAAGGGUGAUAAACAAGAGGUCACCAAGAUUGAAACCGUCGAAGAAGAUGACAAACAACCCGAAACUACUGUCACAGUUGAAGAAGUUCCAGUGGAAGAGGAACAACCUGAAGAGAUUCGGGAGCUUCCGGAAGAGGUUCGCGUGGUUGAAACUGUAACCGAGGACGGCAAGCCGAAAAAGAAGAAGAUACGCACACGUGUUAUCAAGAAGGUUAAGGGCGAUAAACAAGAGGUCACCAAGAUUGAAACCGUCGAAGAAGAUGACAAACAACCCGAAACUACUGUCACAGUUGAAGAAGUUCCUGUGGAAGAGGAAAUGCCUGAAGAGAUUCGGGAGCUUCCGGAAGAAGUUCGUGUGGUUGAAACUGUAACCGAGGACGGCAAGCCCAAAAAGAAGAAAAUACGCACACGUGUUAUCAAGAAGGUUAAGGGCAAUAAACAAGAGGUCACCAAGAUUGAAACCGUCGAAGAAGAUGACAAACAACCCGAAACUACUGUCACAGUUGAAGAAGUUCCUGUGGAAGAGGAACAACCUGAAGAGAUUCGGGAGCUUCCGGAAGAGGUUCGCGUGGUUGAAACUAUAACAGAAGAUGGCAAGCCCAAGAAGAAGAAGAUACGCACACGUGUUAUCAAGAAGGUUAAGGGUGAUAAACAAGAGGUCACCAAGAUUGAAACCGUCGAAGAAGAUGACAAACAACCCGAAACUACUGUUACAGUUGAAGAAGUUCCAAUGGAAGAGGAACAACGUGAAGAUAUUCGGGAGCUUCCGGAAGAGGUUCGUGUGGUUGAAACUGUAACCGAGGACGGCAAGCCCAAAAAGAAAAAGAUACGCACACGUGUUAUCAAGAAGGUUAAGGGCGAUAAACAAGAGGUCACCAAGAUUGAAACCGUCGAGGAAGAUGACAAACAACCCGAAACUACUGUCACAGUUGAAGAGGUUCCAGUGGAAGAGGAACAACCUGAAGAGAUUCGGGAGCUUCCGGAAGAAGUUCGUGUGAUUGAAACUGUAUCAGAGGAUGGCAAGCCCAAAAAGAAGAAGAUACGCACACGUGUUAUCAAAAAGGUUAAGGGUGAUAAACAAGAGGUCACCAAGAUUGAAACCGUCGAGGAAGAUGACAAACAACCCGAAACUACUGUUACAGUUGAAGAGGUUCCAGUGGAAGAGGAACAACCUGAAGAGAUUCGGGAGCUUCCUGAAGAAGUUCGUGUUGUUGAAACUGUAACCGAGGACGGCAAGCCCAAAAAGAAGAAGAUACGCACACGUGUUAUCAAGAAGGUUAAGGGCGAUAAACAAGAGGUCACCAAGAUUGAAACCGUCGAGGAAGAUGACAAACAACCCGAAACUACUGUCACAGUUGAAGAGGUUCCAGUGGAAGAGGAACAACCUGAAGAGAUUCGGGAGCUUCCGGAAGAAGUUCGUGUGAUUGAAACUGUAUCAGAGAAUGGCAAGCCCAAAAAGAAGAAGAUACGCACACGUGUUAUCAAGAAGGUUAAGGGCGAUAAACAAGAGGUCACCAAGAUUGAAACCGUCGAAGAAGAUGACAAACAACCCGAAACUACUGUUACAGUUGAAGAGGUUCCAGUGGAAGAGGAACAACCUGAAGAGAUUCGGGAGCUUCCGGAAGAAGUUCGUGUGAUUGAAACUGUAUCAGAGGAUGGCAAGCCCAAAAAGAAGAAGAUACGCACACGUGUUAUCAAGAAGGUUAAGGGCGAUAAACAAGAGGUCACCAAGAUUGAAACCGUCGAGGAAGAUGACAAACAACCCGAAACUACUGUCACAGUUGAAGAGGUUCCAGUGGAAGAGGAACAACCUGAAGAGAUUCGGGAGCUUCCGGAAGAAGUUCGUGUGGUUGAAACUGUAACAGAAGAUGGCAAGCCCAAGAAGAAGAAGAUACGCACACGUGUUAUCAAGAAGGUUAAGGGCGAUAAACAAGAGGUCACCAAGAUUGAAACCGUCGAAGAAGAUGACAAACAACCCGAAACUACUGUCACAGUUGAAGAAGUUCCUGUGGAAGAGGAACAACCUGAAGAGAUUCGUGAGCUUCCGGAAGAGGUUCGUGUGGUUGAAACUGUAACAGAAGAUGGCAAGCCCAAGAAGAAGAAGAUACGCACACGUGUUAUCAAGAAGGUUAAGGGCGAUAAACAAGAGGUCACAAAGAUUGAAACCGUCGAAGAAGAUGACAAACAACCCGAAACUACUGUCACAGUUGAAGAAGUUCCAGUGGAAGAGGAACAACCUGAAGAGAUUCGGGAGCUUCCAGAAGAGGUUCGUGUGGUUGAAACUGUAUCAGAGGACGGCAAGCCCAAAAAGAAGAAAAUACGCACUCGUGUUAUCAAGAAGGUUAAGGGCGAUAAACAAGAGGUCACCAAGAUUGAAACCGUCGAAGAAGAUGACAAACAACCCGAAACUACUGUCACAGUUGAAGAAGUUCCAGUGGAAGAGGAACAACGUGAAGAGAUUCGGGAGCUUCCGGAAGAAGUUCGUGUGGUUGAAACUGUAACCGAGGACGGCAAGCCCAAAAAGAAGAAGAUACGCACACGAAUUAUCAAGAAGGUUAAAGGAGAUAAACAGGAAAUCACUAAAAUUGAAACUGUUGAAGAAGAGGAUAAGAAGCCGCAAACUACUAUAACUGUGGAAGAAGCAGACACUCAAAGUCCUUUUGGCGAGAAAGUUUUGUUGAAGAAGAGAGUUGUUGUGCACAAACCAGAGGACGAUGUUUCAGUUGUUGAGCUACCAGAGAGAAAAUCAAUCAUAUUUUCUGAAAAAGAAGAUGGGACUCCAACUAAAACAGUUAUUAAAACAAAAGUUAUUAAAAAAGUGAAAGGCUCUAACAUGGAAGUUACUAAAGUUCAGACAGUAGAGGAAUACGAAAAGCCAACCCAGACGAGAGUAACGGUUGAGAACUUCCAAGCGCCUUUCCCAGACCUUCCAGAAGAAACAUUCACUGAAGUUGUAGUUUUGCCUGAAGAAACUGUGGAGUCAGAAAUUCUAGACAAAGAUGGCGUGCAAAAAGUUCUUAAAUCUAAAAAGCGUGUGAUAAAGAAGCCAAAAGGUGAAUUUAAAGAGGAAGUAACAGAAAUUGAUAUUACUGAGCAAGAAUCAGGCGAGCCCGUUUUUACAGUAACUAUCAGUGAACUUCCUUAUACUGAGCCUGUUAAGUCUGAUGGUAAGUCAGUUGAGUUACCCGAGCAAAUAACUGAAGUCGAUGUCAUAUCGCCUGACGGAACAAAAAAGAAGAAAAUUGUAAAGACCAGAGCAUUUAAAACUAAGAUUGAUGAACAUCACGAUGAAGUCACUACAGUUAAUACUGUCGAAGAAGAAAAUACACAGCCAAUAACAAGUGUGCAUGUUGAAGUCGUUCCCGCUAAAGAAACUGCUACAGAGCCAAUUGCUAUUGAGGAACUUCCCGAAGAGAUUGUUUUUACUGAAGAAAUUACCGGAAAUAAGAAGCCUAGGAAAAAGACAACAAAAACACGAACAUUUAAAAAACAAAGUCCUGAGGAUGAAGAAUAUUAUCAGAUACAAACAGUUGAAGAAGAAGGCAAAGAGCCGUAUUCACUCAUACGCGUCGUUAGUGAUGAAAAUAUUGCUGAUAUUAUUGAUAUAAGUAAACUAGAUGAUGAACAACUUCCCAAACACAAAAAACAAAAGCUACACAAACCUAAGGCGGAGAAACAACAACCCGAACACACUGAAACGGAACACCCAACUUACAUAACAACAUUUAAGUCUGUACAAAACGAAGAUGGAGAAACCACAAUUCAAACAGAAAGUAAGAGAAUUUCUCAAGAGGAAGGCAUCGUUGUUGAGGAAGUACUCAGUGACACAGAACCCAUAUUGGAAGACACCACACAACCAAACAUUGAAAUUGUUGAAGUCAACGAGCCUACAGACCAAUACAACAAAGAGUACACUAUCACAGAACCCGAAGAUGCAAGUGCAGAUAACACCGAACAAACACCGACAAAAGUUAAGAAACCAAAACAGAAAAAGACACAAUUAGAUCAAUUCGAACAGAUUGACGAGACAAGGGAAGAUGAGGGAGGUUCUGGGGAACCUGUUGACGAGAUUAAGCCGAAGCGUAAGCCAAAGGCUGAAAAAUUAGGAGAAGUUGAGGUUGAAAAAACUGCUAAUGAGGAACAGGCUACGGAGCCAAGUAAGAAAAAAGAUAAGCCAAAGAAGAAAAAGGUCGCCACAUCAAAACGCGAUGAGAUGGAUGAUUAUAUACAGUUCUUAAUCCAUCAGGAAAUACCAAAAACCGUCUUGCAACCGUAUGUACGUACGGAAAUGGAACAUCCACAAAGGGCUCGCAGAGAUUCGUCUAUUAAACCUAUGAAGCUAACUGCAAUGAAAAUUGAGAAAAUAGAAGUUAAGAAACCUAAGAUGGUUGAAAUAAGUUCUGUGGUCGAGUUUCCUCAAAUGCUCAAGCUCAAAACUCCGAAACAACGUCCACAAGAAGAAAAGAUAAAGAAAUUAAACGAAGCAUCCUUUAAGAAUAAGAAACUUAAGAGCUGGAUAAGAUUUAUACCUUACUCACCAUACUGCUUCCCAUAUAUAGUUACUGAAAUAGAGACUAUUCAAGAUAAUGGCGAACUAUCGCGGAAUGUAGAAGAAGCGGAAGAAGUAUUGAAGAAACGGCCAAAGAAAUUCAAGCAUACGAAGCCUGUAAAAGCCGAACUGGAAGAAUUAGAUACUGAAACAUUUGAUGAUAAGAAGGAGCCAUUAGAUGAACAGUCAGACAAACCAAAAUACCAACGCGGUAAAAAGGACAUUAAGGAAAAGGAUGAAAAACCGAAGAAGUUGAAAAUCGGAAAGGGUAAAAUUCCAGAAGCUACCGAAUCAACUGAAACCGUCGAAUUGAAACCAGUCAUAUUUGAUGAGAGUAUUGAAGAAACAAAUGAGAAACCAAAAGAAAAGCCCAAACAAAAGAAGCCGAGCAAAAAGACUAAGCCAUCCACAGAGUCUGAUGACAACAUCAGUUUUAGUCCAAAAUUAAAUGAUGAGGAGACUGAAGAGAAUGAAAGCCAACCUGCCUUCAAAUUCGAAGUAAUUGAAUUGGAGCCUCAAGAAGUGGAAGAUGAGACAAGUGAAAAUGUUGUACAACCCGUAAAAGAACCUAAGAAAAAACGUAAGCUAAAGCUUAAAACUGAAUUGGAAGAAAAUAUAAUUGAGAUUGUCGAAGUUCCUACAAGUGAUGACAAUGAUAAGCAGUAUGAAGUAACUGUGACCAGUUCUGAACUUAGAGAAGAGCAGCCAAAUAAAAUGAAAAUACUUAAGAAGAAAGUAAAACGUAUGAACAAAGAAGAAUUGGAUGACUUUGUAGCAGAUCUUAAAGAGGAGCCCGCUCAAACAUUCUAUGAAACUGCAAUCACUGAUUUCUAUGAAGUUAAACUAACUGAACUGGAACCUGAAGAGACCUCUGAUGAGAAUGUGCCUAAAAAGACUCCAAAACGUAAAAUUUUGCAUAAGCAUGGAGACAAAGAAGAGAUUAUUGAAAUUGUAGAAACUUCUACGUCCUCCGGCGAGGAACCAUUAUAUGAGGUUAUAAUUACAUCUCAUGAAUCAGAAAUUCAAACUGAUACUGAAAAGAUAGUUGAGAAGCCCAAACAACGGACCAGAAAAAUGAAAAAGGAUGAUCUAGAUGCGUAUAUACAGCAUCUGAUAAAUGCAGAGAUUCCAACAACUGAGCUUGAGAAAUAUGAAAAAAUUGAUAUUGAUGCAAAACCAAAGAAACCAAAGAAACAUAAAUCGAAACAACAAAAGGUCCCUAUCGAUGAAGGUGAGGCUUUUGAAGUGGAUAUUACACAGGACGAGCCGGUAAAGAAGCCGAAGGUAAAAAAACCGAAGCCAGAGACUAAAGUCGAAGAAGAAACUACAAGUGAGCCAGAAACUGUUAUUGAACACGAUGAAUUCACAAUCAGCACGAUUGAUACACAACCAGAUGCUCAAAAAAUUAUUGAAGAGACAACUGACACUAAAACACUCGAUGUGGACGACAUUAUAACAGACAUUGGUGAGACUCUACCAAUUGUAGUUUUGGAGGAACAAAUUGAGACAACUCCUGAGUAUCUUGAAGAAGUUAACAAGCCGGAACAAAAAAUAGUAAAGCGGCGCAAGGUGAAAACAAGGAAGGGCUCCAAGCAGUACGAAAUCGAAAUCGUGGAAACCCUAGAGCCAGAUGAUCUUGAAGAAGCAAAGGUUACAGUUAUAACUACUGAAAUCAUUGAAGAAACUUCUGAUGUACCUAUUGAAGACAAACCAGAAACACCAAAGAAGAUUAUCAAAAAGGUGAAAAAAGAUAAGCUCAAGGAGUAUAUUGUCAAGGUUGUAGAUGAAGUGCCAACAGAACUACUUAACCGCAUCUCUGAAGAGAUACCCACUGCGGAAGAAAUGAAGCCUAUAGAGGAGGAUGAUAUCACAUCUUUCAAAACUACUGUUGUUGACGAUAUUGGCGAAGAUGAAUUUAAGCCUGAAGACGCACAGAUUGACAGUCCAUCAACAAAGUCGCGGGAUAAAAAGAAAAAAUCAGCUAAACCAAAGAAAGUUACUAUCAUUGAAGAACAGCCAGUGCAGAUCGAAGACACUACAGAACAAGAGAAGUCUCCUAUUGAUGAGGAUGAAGAAAUACCGCAGAUACAAUCCUUCGAUGAUUAUUCAGUUGAAAUAACCGAAAGUGCGCCGAAGCCGAAGAAAAAAGUACCCAAGAAGAGGCCUGAGACAACAACGCCUGCUCCGAUAUCCGAACACACAGUUCGUAUUGAGGAAUUCGCUCCUGAAACUACAACUGAAGAAGUUAUCAAUGAGCAAGGAGAGGAGGUAGAGCGCACUAUAACAAAGCGAAGACUUAAGAAGAAGGAUGGUCCAAAGGAAUACUUAAUCGAAGUUGUUGAAACUUACGAGGAAAACAAUCCCGAAGCAGAACUUGUUAUUCAGACUACUGAAGUAUUACCUGAAUCAGAAACUGAAGCCCCGAAAGAUCACAAAGUCAAGGUUGUAAAGAAAAAGAAGCCCAAAACUGAAAAUUUAGAUAAUUACAUUCAGAAGUUGAUAGAGGAAGAAGUCCCAAAAACAGAGCUGGAAGUAUAUGAGACAGCACAAAUAGAGUCAUCUCCAGAGACAAAAAAACCGAACAAGAUAAAGAAACAUCAUAAGAAAAUCACCGAAAUAGUUGAUGGAGUGCCACAUACAAUUCAUGAAUUUACCAUUCAAGAGUUCGAGCCAGAAGACACGAAACCAAUUCCAGAAGCCGUUAUUGAAUUAGUGGAGGAGGAUAUCCCAGAAUCACAGCCCGAAGAUUUGGAAGUUAAGUCAACUGAAGAACAGCCAAAACGUAAGCCGAAGAAAGAAAAGAAAUCGAAGGUGUCUGUGGUCGAUCAAGAACCUGUUAGCAUUGAAGAUAUAGCGGAAACUGUUGAAAUUACAAAGCUUGUUGAAGACAGUGGUGCUACUAAAGAAGUUCAAGUGAAGAAGCGUAAGAUCAUUCGCAAGCAAGGUCCAAAGGAACACGUUUUUGAAAUAACCGAGACAUCUACUAGUGAAGAGCCCUUGGCUGAAGUCACAAUCGUUGAUAUUACAGAAGAUGAAAAGCCAAGCCAAUCAGUUAAGGGUCCAUCAAAACCUAAGCCAAUCAAAUUGCCAAAGAAAUUGAAGCGCGAAGACGUUGAAAGUUAUGUAAUAAAUGUCGUGGAAGAGUUUAUUGAACCGAUAGAACAGUUUGAGGAUAUAACCCAAGUCGAGGAAAUUCCUGAAGGAGACUUUAACAAAGUUACUCAAGCUGAAGAAAUUCCAGAAGAUUCUGUGGAAGAGAUUACUGAAGAUAAGACUGCUAAAAUAAAAACAAAGACAACAAAGCCUAAAAAAUCCAGUAAAAUGCCGGAAGAUCACACUAUUCGUAUUGAAGAGCUUGCUCCUGAAACUACAAUUGAAGACAUUGUAAAUGAAGAAGGAGAAGAAGUUAAGCAGGUUAAAACAAUAAAGAGACUGAAGAAAAAAGAAGGACCCAAAGAGUAUUUGAUUGAGAUAACCGAAACUUAUCAAGAAAAUAAACCAGACGCCGAUAUUGAAGUAACAACUACUGAGAUACCUGUAGAAGAAGAAGAUCAGAUAAGUGAAGAGCAGCCAGCUAAGGUAGUUAAGAAGUUGAAAAAGAAGAAGGCUGUAAAGGAUGACUUAGAUAAAUACAUUCAAGAGCUUAUCGAACAAGAAAUUACCAAGACGGAUUUAGAGCAAUAUGAGCCCACGGAAAUGGAAACAAAACCCAAGCCAAAGAAAAAAGUAAAAACCCAUCAUAAAAAGGCGGUGGAAAUAAUUGAUGGUCUGCCCGUAACUGUUCAUGAAUACGAUGUUUCUGAAAUAGAGCCUGAGGUCACAGAAGAAGAUAAGGAAUCUAUUAUAUCAGAAAAGCCUGAAGAUUUACCUUUGGUGUAUGAUGAGGCAAACAAAUACUUAGUAAAAGUACUAGACGAAAUUAUAGAACCAACUCAGACCGUUGAAGACAUAAAUGACGAACCGACAACAAAAGCUAAGAAAGAAAAACCGCAGAAAAAGAAAAAAGUUGAGAAAGCUCCAAUAGUCUUAGAUGAAAUAGCUGAAACCACUGAAGUUAUACAGCAGCCUUCAGAAGAUGGUGUUGUGAAAGAAGUUACUGUGAAGAAGCGUAAGGUCACUCAUAGAAAGGGCUCCAAGCAAAGCGUCUUUGAGAUAACAGAAACUACUAGCGAUGAUCAACCCAUGGCAGAAGUGACAGUCGUUGAGGUAACGGAAAUUGAACCAUCUGUUACUGAAGAAUCGCCAAUUGUUGAACAGAAAGUAAUAAAGAAAAUUAAAAAGCUAAAGAAGGAGGACAUACAGGAGUAUGUUAUCAACGUAAUUGACGAUUUUGUACAACAAAUACCUGUCGAAACACUUGAAGAAGACGUCAAGGAGAUCAUCGACGAGAAAAAGAAGAAGACUAAAAAAUCUCCAAAGGAAUAUAAAUAUAGCGAAGAAGAAAAUUUACCUGAAAAGGUUGAAAGACCUGAAGGUGAUGUGCCGGAUCAACCUGAUGUUGUGGAGCGUGAAACACCAGAAGAAUUAACUGAUUAUACUGUAGAUGUUACUGAGUCGGUUCUCACUGAAGAAAAGAAACCUAAAAAACCGAAGAAGCAGAUUAAGUCAAAGCCUGUUGAAGAAAUUGGCGAUGAGAAACAUCCCAACUAUCUUGUAAAAAUGUCUUCAGUUGACGAAGCAGAGGUGACUGAACUGCCAGAUUCUGAAAUUAUUAUUUUGGAAUCAGAGGAAGAACAGGUAGCAGAGGGACCCGUUUUCCAAGUAGAAGAAAUUGAAACUAAGCCGGAAGUAGUUGAAGAAAAAGACGACCUUGGCGAAACAACUAAGAAGGUUGUUAAUAAGCGAAAGAUCAGAAAGCAAGUUGGACCCAAAGAAGAGAUAAUAGAAAUUGUCGAGACUGAAAAGGAUGGUAUACCUGUAUAUGAAGUUUCAGUAAUUACUGAAGAAGCUGAAAAAGAAAUUGAUGAAACUCUUCCAGUAGAAAAGCCGAAAAAGGUCAAGAAGACUAAAAAGGUUCCCAAGGAUGACUUACACGAUUAUAUACAAAAGCUUAUAGAACAGGAUAUUCCAAAAUCUGAAUUGGAGAAAUACGAAAAAAUAGAUUUCGAUGAACCUGUUAAAAUGAAAAAGAAGAAGCCUAUGAAGAAGGUUAAAAUCACAGAAGAUGAAGCUCCAGAUAUCUCUGAAAAAUUGGUAACUGAAGGUCCGGAAGAUAUGAUACAACCAUUAGAAACUCCACAAGACGAAUCUCUGGCGAUGGUUACGGUUAAAGAAUUUUCUGCGCCAAAACCAAAACAAGAAUCUUUCGAAAUUACAGUUCUAGAAGAAUUUGUCGAAAAUAAGCCGAUUCCUGAUGAGGAGGGAGAGAUUAAAGUAAAGGAAGUAAAAACAAAGAAAAUAAAACACAAAAAGGGACCAGCAGAGAUCAUUCAUGACAUAACAGUUGUACAGGAUAAGGAUACUGGUGAAUCAGAAAUUACUAUUGUAACUUCCAGUCCCAUCGAACUUGAAGAUCAGCACGAAGUAACUGUCAAGCAAAAACGUACCAAGAAAGUGAAAAAGAAUGACGUUGAUGAUUUCAUCAGAACAGUUAUUGAAGAAGAUAUACCAAAGGAUGAGCCAACAGAUGUUGUUGAUGUUACUGAAGAAACAGUUCCUGAGCAGGUUCCUGAAAAGCCAAAGAAAGUUAAGAAGAAGGAAAAAUUGCCAUUAUUACAAGAAAAAGCAACACCCGCUGAUACAGUAGAAAUUGUUGAAAGUCUUCCGGAGGAAACGCUAAUUGAAGAGUUUACCAUGGAUGUAGAAGAAACAAUACCAAUCGUCGAGUCAGAUAAGGAACAUGAAAUAUCAGAAGAGGUAAUAGAGCCGCGGAAGAAAAAGAAGCCUUCUAAGCAAAAGGUUAAGGUUUCUGAAGAGCAACCUGAGGAAGAAAUAGUCGUUGAAGCUUUGGAGGCUAUACCAAAGGAGACAGAUAUUGAAGAGGAGGAUAUAAAGGAAUAUAGUGUUACUCUCUCGGAAGAAGAACCUAAACCUGAGGAGAAAACAGAAAGGAAGCCAAAAAAGAUACGGGAGAAACAAGAUCAACCAGACGAAUCAACCUACGAGAUCUCUGUAAAAGAAAGUUUCAUUCAACUUGAAGAUCUUCCAUCAGUUGUAGAAAUAAUUGAAAGUGAAACGAAAGCGGACGAAACCACAGAUGAUGCUGGAGAGGUCCAUAAGGUCGUUACAACAAAGCGGAAGAUUAAACGUCCAAAAGGUGAAAAUGAGGAAAUCAUUGAAAUUAUUGAGGUAGUGACUGAUGACCAGCCUGAUGCAGAGAUUACGAUUGUAGAGUAUGAACCUGUAGAACAGAAAGAAGACGAAAAGCCUAAAGCGCCGAAAAAGAAAACCAAGAAAGUGAAAAAGGAUGAUAUACAUGACUACAUACAGAAGCUUAUUGACAUGGAAACUCCUAAAACUGAAUUAGAAAAAUAUGAAAAAAUUGAGUUUGAGCCAUUACCCAAAGAAAAACUUACCGAAACUACAGAUAUUGGAGUGGUAGAGGAAUCGCCGACCGAAAAGCCAAAGAAGGACAAAAAGACUAAGCCGAAACAGUCACCAAAGGAAGAGGAAUCUUUGCCAGAGCCAUUAGCCGAAGUUAGGGUUAUCGAAGAGGAUGUGAUGGAUGAGCCUAAGGUGGUUGAAGUAGUAGAAGUUCAACCAGAGGAAGUACAAUACACUGAAACAAUCACUGAAGAGGGUCUCCCAGUUCAAGAGAAAACUACUAAGCGAGUAUUGAAGAAAAAGGGUCCUAAAGAAGACACCACCUUUAAAAUAACAACAGUCGAAAGCGAAAAUACUGAUACCGUAACUGUAAUCGUCGACGAAGAACCUGAAAUCACGCCAGAGUCUUUUGAAACUAAACCAGAUGAGAUAUUAGAAGACAAGCCAAAGCCCAAACCUAAGCCAAAGAAGAUUGUAAAGAAAGUAAAGAAAGAUGACUUAGAUGAUUAUGUUAAGAAACUGAUAGAGGAAGAAAUACCAAAGACUGAAAAAGAGGUUUAUGAAAAAGUUGAAAUGCCCGAAAAGUCGAAAGACAAAUCCCCUAUAGAAAUCUCUUCAGAAGAGGUUAAGUCUAGCGAGCCUGAAACACCAUUAGCAGUUGUUGAUUCAACCAAACCUAAAAAGACCAAGACAACCAAAACAAAAUUAGUUGAUGUAGUCGAACAAAGACAAGACGAACCAACAGAAGAGACAAUUCCUGAGACAUCAGAAAUUACUGAAGACACAACUACUCAAAUCGCACACCCCGAGGACACAGCCACUGCACAAAUUACACCAAGCGCACAAGAUGAAAUACCUACUCAAGAUGACACUAAUGAUACAGAUCAAAAAACAAUUAAGCAUAAGAAAGCUAAGCCAGACACAGUAAAAAGCGUUGAAACAAGUGAAGCACCCGAGGCUUAUAAGGAUUAUCACAUAAGCAUAAUUGAUGAAGAGCCUGAAGAAAAAGAAGAGCAGCCCGAGAAAAUUUUGGAAGUUAGAGUGAUCGAUGAGGUUGCCGAAAUCGAAGAGUCUCAACCAAUCGUCGAAGAAGAAGAGGAGGAUGAGAGGCCGACUACGGAAAGCACUGUGGAGGAUGUCACAAAGCCAAAGACUAAGAAAAAGAAGGUGGUGAAAAAGAAGACUAAUGAGCACGACGAAUUAAUACAAAAACUGCUUGAGCAAGAAAUCGAGAAAACAGAGUUGGAGAAAUAUGAGAAGAUCGAUUUCGAUGUUCCCAAGAAACUGAAGCCAGAGUUUGCUAGCCUCGAACCAAUGAAAAUUGAACAAAAAGAGCAGAAGCCAACAAAGGUCACAAUCGUUGAGGCCACUGAAGUACCGAAGACGGUGAAGCUAAAGCCGGGAAAACGCAAGGAAAAACCAGCAGAAGAACAAACUGUGCAGCUUCCCAAAUUCAGACUUAAAACACGCAUGGUUAUGGUUGAGUAUCCGCCAGCACCACUCAUACCACAGCUAAGCCAUAUUGGCGCAGUUAAGCAGAAUGGUGACCUUUCUCGCAAUAUUGAAGAAGCAGAAGAGCUACUUAAGUUCAAACCACACAAGACCAAGAAGAUUAGGAAGAUAAAGGAUGACUUGGAGAAGGUCGAGCUUGAAAAGUAUGAAAAGUAUGUGAGUAGCGAGGAGGAACCUGAAGAAAAGCAACCUUACCAAAAGCCUGAAAAGGUGCCAAAACCAGAAGAAAGUCCCGAAGAUGCAAAGCUUAAGAUUGGCAAGGGUAAGAAGAAACCGAAAGAAGAAGAAUCUCCAGAAAAUGUUACACUGAAAAAGAUACCACAAAAGCCCAAGGAAGCUGAAGAAGAAAUCGAAGCAAAACCUAAAGAAAAGGCUGAGGUUACAGUCGUGGAGCAACCAAAGACGCCAAGGGAACAGGAUAUACAGGUUGAACCAUUUGAGCCCAUUGAUUAUGAGCAACCUGAAUACGUUCCAGAAGAACUUGAACAAGUCGAUCAGCCGGAGAAACCAGAAAAGCAGAAGAAGCCCAGUAAAACCAAAUAUAAGCCCAAGGAAAAAACAAAGCCUGAACCGGAAACGAUUAUUACAGAAAUCGUACCUGGAAAGCCCAAAGAAGAAGAAGAAGUUCCCGAAGCUGAAAUUAAGUUCCGCAAGCCCGAAAGUGAAGCGCCUGAAGAAACUGAUUCUCAAGUGAAGUUGAAACCAUUCAAGAAGACUGUCGAGGAGCCAGUAGUUGAAGAUACUACUGCAGAGGCAACGGUAACGGAGCCCACGCCAGAAGAGAAGGUAGUUAUACCUCAAGAUGAAGUCAAGAAGACGAAGAAAUCAAAGCCGAAGCCCAAACAACAACAGGAGGAGGAAGUAACAGAAGAGCAGCAGCCAGAAUUUGAAAUAUCAGUUAGGGAAGAAGAAGCCAUUGCUGCGAAGCCCGAAGAUGUCGAAAAGCCCAAAGAAGUAAAGGUGAAACAGAAGAAACCGAAAGAAGCUCCAAAAGCUGAAGUUGAUAUCGUCGAGGAGCUGCCACAGCCAACUGAAGCUCCUGAAGAUAUACCAGUGGAGUACAGAAUUACCACAACUGUCCUGGAACCAGAAGAAGCGCCAAAGGAACAUCUAGUUAAGGUGAUUGACUUUGACGAAAAGGAAAUAACCACUGAGGAAAUUGUGGAAGAAAAGGUUGUGACCAGGAAGAAGAAGCCUAAGCCGGAACAGCCAGAAGAGUUCAAAGUCACUCUACAGGAGCCACAACAAAUACAGCCUGAACCCGAAGAAGAAACUGCCGAGGUUGUGCUACCCGUUCAGAAGCCUCAGCCAGAAAUUGAAGAAUUCGAAGUCGAAUUAAAGAUAACUGAACCACAACCUGAGGAAACUGAAGUCGUUGUAAAGAAGAAGUCGAAAAAGAAGCCAGCUGAAAAGUCAGUGGAGGUUGUCGAAGAUGUAGUGAACGUUGUGGAAGCUCAACCGGAGGAGCAAAGAGAAGAAGACAUCGUGGUUGUGGAAGAAGAAGAAAAGGUUGAAGAAUCACAACCAAAAUCUUUCGAAUUCCAAGUCACUGAAACUGAAGCUCCUCAAAUGAAACCGGCAGAAGUAAUUGAGGAAAAACCAAAAGAAAAGUUGAAAAAGCCAGCUCCGAAAGUAGAAGAGAAGUUUGACUCUUAUGAAAUUUCCAUUAAGGAAUCAGAAGCGGAAAAAGUAAUCCAGCAGGAAGAGCAGCCUACCGAAGAUGUUCCUGACGAAGUAACAUUUAUUCCACUGCCAAAGCAACCAGAACAAGUCGAAGCCGAGUUUGUCCUAACAGAACCAAAGCCGACUGAAGAGAGUCAUGUGGAAGCUGAAAUAAAACCAAAGAAAACAAAGAAGCCAAAGAAAACUGAAGAGGCUAUAACACAGGAUGUAAAGGUUGUUGAAGAAGUGGUAGCUCCAAAAGAAAUUGUAGUUGAAGAACAGCAAAUUGAAAUUGUUGAAAAAGAAACUGUUCCUGUUGAAGAAACACCAAAGGAAUAUACAAUUCGAGUAUCUGAUUCACAAAUUGAACAGCCAGAAGAACCAACUGCAGCCGAAUUUACUGUUAAAAAGGCAAAGCCUUCCAUUGCUGCUACCGAAGAACCGGAAGCAGAGUUUGUGCUUAAGGAAAGCAAACCAGUGGAAGAGGUUACCGAGGUAGCAGAAAUUAAGACAAAGAAACCUAAAAAGAAGGUCAAGGAGGUUGCAGCAGAGGAAUUAAAGAUCCAAAUCACGGAAGAAACACCACAAGAAGUUCCUGUAGUGGAAGAAAUUGAGGAAGUUGUGGAAGAAAUUAAAGAGACUGUUCCUACUGUUGAAUAUAAGUCGUAUGAAAUUGGUGUGAAGGAAACUGAAGCUGAAAAGCCUGCUGAAGAGAUAGUAGUUGAAGAGCCCUUGGUAGAAGAACCACAAAUCGAAGAAACGGCACCUAGUGUUGAAUACAAAUCAUAUAAAAUAGGUGUGAAAGAAUCAGUUGUUGAAAAGCCUAUAGAGAAAGUACCAUCAGAAGAGCAAUUGGUUGAAGAGCCGAUAACUGAAGAACCAGAAACCUUCGAAGAGCUCAAAGUCAGAGUGAUUGAAGAAACACCCCGUGAAGUUGUCGAGGAAGUUCUCGAAGAGAGUGUUAAGGUUCACCGCAAGAAGAAGCCGAAACCAGCGGUAACAGAAGAGCCUGAGGCUCAAGUAAGCAUUCCUGCUCCAACAUCGGUGGAUGAUGUGGAGGCGGUUCAAAGCGUUACUAUUGUACCCGAAAUCCCAACAGAAGAGGAAGCUGCUGAGCUAAAGAUAACUGUUAUUGAUGAGGUUUCUGAGCCACAAGAGCUUGUUCAGGAGAUUGAGGAAAUCGAAACAGUGGAAGAAGAAGUUCCUGAACCAGUACCUGAAGAAAAGCCGAAAGACUAUCAGUUUAGCAUUAAAGAAUCUGAGGCACCAAAGGAAACUAUCGAGGAAUUGCCAGAAGAACAAGUAACUAUUCCAAAGAAGAAAAAGGUUCAAGAACAAAAAGAAACUGUCGAAGAAUUACCGGAAGAGCAAUUCACUAUUCAAAAGAAGAAGAAGCCUGAGCCUGAGGUUGUAGAAGAGCCUGAAGCCGUUUUUGAAAUAAAACAAAAACAACCUGUUGAAGAGGUUACAGAAGAAGCGAAAAUUAAGAAGAAGACGAAGAAACCCGUAAAACAGGAUGAAGCAGCUGCAGAGCUCAGUGUCACUGUGACUGAGGAAUCUGCACCAGAGCCUGAGGUAGUUGAAAUUGUGGAAGAAAUUGAGGAGAAACCAGAAGAAAAGCCUGAGGAAAAACCAGUCGAGCAGCCCACCGAGUAUCAGUUCACAGUCAAGGAAACCCAACCUGAAGCUCCAGCAGAAGAAGAGACUGAAGAUAUUCAAGAGGUACAAUUGCCAAAGAAAACGCCAAAGGUUCCUGAAGUGACUGAAGAGCCUGAAGCCGAAGUUACACUCAAACCCAAACCAAAGACAGAAGAAGUACAGGAGGAAGUAAAAGUAUCGAAGAAGAAACCCAAGCCUAAGGCUGUUGAGGAGGCUGCUGAAGAGCUGACAGUGAAGGUAGUAGAAGAAGUUGCUCCCGAACCAGUAGUUGUCGAAGAGGAAGUCGUCGAGGAAGUUGAAAUUAAGAAACCAGAAAAGCCAACACCGGAAGAAACAGUUGAUGAUGCCGUUUUCAAAAUUAAGAAACCCAAAGCUCCUGAAGAAGAAGAGGAGGUGGUUGCUGAAGUUACUUUGAAGCCAAAGGCACCAAAGGAAGUACAGGAAGAAGACUUCUCAGUAGAUGUUAAAUUGCCAACAGAAAAGAAGGUUACAGAGGAAACAUCCGACCAAACUGUGCAGCUCAAGAAGAAGAAGAAGCCUCAAAAACCAACAGAAGAAGCUGCAGAUGAGCUGCAACUUACGCAAACUGUUAUUGAGGAGAGACCAGUUGAGAUUGAAGAGGAGGAAGUCGUUGAAGAAGCAGUUGUAAUACGAAGGAAACCAAAGAAGCCAUUCGAACCAACUGUUGAAGAUCUCGAAGAAACUGAAUUCAGUCUCUCGUUCAAAAAGCCACAUACUAUUACCGAAGGCGUUGAAGAAGCAGCUACAGUUCUUAAGAAACGGCCAGUGAAGCCUCAAACCCUCGAUGAAGCUGCAGCGGAACUGUCCAUAAAGCGACUGGAAGAAGAAUACGAAGAAGGCGAUGACAUUGAAGAAUUUGUGGUUAGCCAAAGGCCCAAACCAAAACAAUUGCAAAUCACUGACGAAGAAGACCAAGAGUACACUAUUAAGAAGCUCAAACGUCGCAAGAAGGUGGAUAUUCCAGAGUUCUCUGAUGUUGAGAAUGUUACUUUCCGGGCAAAGUCCACGAAGACUAAAGAGGAUGUGGACCAAGAGUUUAAUAUUGCUCUUGACUCGUAUGCCGAAGAAGAAGUGUCAAUGUCUGGUAAAGUGAAACUUAAGAAACCAAUUAAGAAGACCUACUCUGAAGCCACUGAUGAGGCUAGAAUUAAAAUUGUGCAAGAUUAUGAUGAUGGUGAAGGUCCAAUAAUUGAAGAAAUCCACGACGACGAAGAUACCAUCGACGAGGUCGAGGAGCCUGAAGAGUACAUGGUUGAAGAGCUACCUCCAGAUGAGGUUGACUUCAAGCUGAAGCCUAAGAAACAGCCCAAGCCACAUUAUUCAGUCCAAGACGAAGAAGAAGAGCAAUUCCUUAUUGGCCUUCGACAUGCCAAACGUGAUUCAAUUACGUAUGAUGAAGAUUCUCUAACAUUCAAAAAGAAGCGUAAAGUUGUGCAACAGCUUUUCAAUGAAGAUGGCGCUUCUCUUAACAUUACCAGAGAAAUGGAUGUGGAUGAAUCUCAAGUCGAGAACAUCAUGUACUCUAUCUGCAAUUACAUUGCCGAUAACGACGAAGCCAUUAAUUUGGUGGAGGGUGAAAAGGUACAGGUCAUUGGACGUCAUAGCUCCGAGUGGUGGUAUGUGAAGAAGAGCAUUACCGAGGAAGAAGGUUGGGUGCCAGCCCAAUAUCUUAUGGAGCCAGCGGAGUACGCCCAAUACGUGCAGAAUAAGCUGCACGAGAAGAUCGAUAAGCUACCCGUAUUUGAAAGACCUGGACCGCAAGACAAGCCAAUUGCACCGCGUUUCAUUGAAAAGUUGCAACCAAUUCAUACGCCUGACGGUUAUACAGUGCAAUUCGAAUGCAAGGUCGAAGGUAAUCCCCGACCGCAAAUCGCUUGGUUCCGCGAGACAGCCAUUAUAAAGCCCUCACAAGACUUCCAAAUGUUCUACGAUGAGGACAAUGUGGCCACACUGAUCAUUCGUGAAGUCUUCCCCGAAGACGCUGGCAAGUUCACUUGCGUGGCCAAGAAUGCCGCUGGCUUCACUUCCAGUACAACAGAGUUAAUUGUCGAGAGUCCGUUGUCGGAUCACGGCUCAGAUGCCACGGCACUCUCGCGCAGAAGCAUGUCACGUGAGUCUUCCAUGGCCGAUAUUCUCGAGGGCAUACCGCCGACAUUCUCGCGCAAGCCCAAGGCUCAAUAUGUCGAUGAAGGUACCAAUGUAAUCUUGGAGUGCCGCCUUGUUGCGGUGCCCGAGCCUGACAUCGUUUGGACCUUCAAUGGGGAAGACAUUGACGAGGAAGAGAUUAAGAAUGUUCGAAUUGUAACCGAAUCGGAUAUGCAUAUGUAUUGCAGUGUGGUGCAUAUUACGAAGGUUAAGAAAUCACAGGAGGGCGUAUACGAAGUGAUUGCCACAAAUCGCGAAGGUGAAGCUCGUUUGCCUAUCACACUGAAGGUACGCACUUCGGACAAGGAGGCUCCACAAAUUCUGGAGCCCCUGCGCAAUAUGGUUAUACGCGAGGGCGAAAGCGUUGUGCUGUCGACACAAAUUGUAGGUAAUCCAGCGCCAAAGGUAACGUGGUACAAGGAUGGCAAGCCCAUCAAGAAUGCCAAAUCAGACAAAGACCUCCACACCCUAACACUGAUAACGCCCAAAAAGUCGGAGAAGGGCGAGUACACAGUCAAGGCCGUCAAUCCAUUGGGCAGUGUAGAAACAACUGCGUAUCUUACAAUUGAAGAACCGACGAGUGGCAAUGCAGAGCCUCCAUUAUUUGUGGAGCGCUUUGAGGAGCAAUCGGUGCCACAAAAGGGCGAGAUCCACUUGCCUGCUAAGGUCUCGGGCAAUCCAGUGCCCGAGGUACAAUGGCUUUUCAACAACAAUCCCCUGUUUACCGACGAGCGAAUCCAACAGAUCUACGAUGGUGAAAAUAUUGAGCUCAUUAUCAAGGAUGCCAAUCCGGAAACUGAUUCGGGUGACUACAAGUGCAUCGCCAGCAAUCCCAUUGGCAAAACAUCGCACGGUGCGCGUGUAAUUGUUGAGGUCGAUGAGGUGACCUUUACCAAGAAAUUAAAGAAGACCAUUACCAUUGAGGAGGUGCAGUCUCUGACUCUUGAAUGCGAAACCUCUCAUGUGGUGUCCACCAAAUGGUUCUUCAAUGGCAAAGAGCUGAGCGGCAUGGAUCAUCGCGUUGUCGUCGAGGAUGGCAAGACGCACAAGUUGGUCAUCCGGAACACAAACCUACGCGAUUCUGGUACUUAUGUGUGCAAGGUCAAGAAGCAAGAGACACAAUCAACUGUGGAAGUGCUGCAGCGUAAGCCGGACUUCCUUAAGGUGCUAGAGGACUAUGAGGUCACCGAAAAAGACACGGCGAUUCUGGAUGUUGAGCUGACAACCGAAGCCGUGGAGGUCACCUGGUACAAGGAUGGCGAGAAAAUAACGCCAGAAAACAAAAACUGCGAAUUCAUCAAGGAUGGCAAAUCAAGACGCUUGGUAAUACGCGAUACCACAAUUCACGAUGAGGGCGAGUACACGUGCAAGCUGGAGGGCCAGGAGUGCAGCGCCGAGCUGACUGUCAUUGAACUGCCACCAGAGAUUGUGAAGCACUUGGAGGACGUGAACGUCACCAAGGGCGAGAAUGCCAUGUUCGAUAUUGAGUUGAGCAAGGGCGAUGCUCUGGUAAAAUGGUUCAAGAACGGCAAGGAAAUCAAGUUCAAUGAACGCAUUCAACUGACGAUUGAUGGUAAGAAGCAGUCGCUACGCAUUCUUAAGGCUAAGCCCGAAGAUGUGGGCGAAUAUACCAUUCAAGUUGGCGACCAGGUCUCCAAGGCAAAACUGACAGUUGAGGAGCCUUUGGUAGACUUUGUACUGCGUUUGCCCGACGUCACGCUGGCCACCAAGACCACAGAUGCUGAAUUCACCGUUGAGCUCUCCCAGCCCGAUGUCGAAGUUACCUGGCAUAAGAAGGGAAAACCAAUCAAGCCCAACAAGAAGCAUGAAGUGUUCGUGGAGGGCACCGUCAGACGCUUGGUCAUCCAUGAUGCUGACGAUGAUGAUGCGGGCGAGAUCAGCUGUGUUGCCGAAAACGUCACAAGCAGCAGCAAGCUAUGCGUUGAGGAGCUUAAACUGCCGCCCGUGAUUACCUCUGACAAGGAUCAAACCAUCAAAGUGAAAGAGAACGAAGACGCCACAUUCACUGUCAAGUACACCGGAGCGCCCACACCCGAGGCCGAGUGGACCUCUCGCAAGGUUGUCAUUCCCAAGUCAAAGCGUACUAUACCCACAAUUGAUGAGCAAUCCGCUACGCUGACCAUCAAGAAGGUUGUCGACGAUGACGAGGGCGAGUACACUGUUAAACUUGUGAAUCCUGUGGGCGAGGCAGAGGCCAGCCUGCACUUGCUCAUUAUGCGUAAACCCGCGGCGCCAGGCACGCCACAGCCUCUGGAGGUGAUGCACGAUUCAAUAACGCUUUAUUGGAAGGCGCCUGAAGAUGAUGGCAAAUCUGAAAUCAUUGAAUACAUUCUGGAGUAUCAUGAUGUGAAAGAAGAAAAAUGGACUGAGAUACGCAAGAUUAAGGACACAACUUACACCAUCAGCAAGCUGAAGAUAGAUACGGAGUACGUGUUCCGCUCGAUUGCCGUCAACGAAGUUGGUCCAUCCCCGCCCUCACCCAUCUCGUCGCCCAUACGCCUGGUGCCAAAGGUUGAGACCGAAGCACCCAGCGUACGGGAGCCUCUGCAGGAUAUUGUCAGCGAUCUGAACAAGGAGGUGACCAUGUCCUGUGUGUUUGGCGGCAUUCCAGAGCCAACUGUCACAUGGAAGAAGAAUGGCAAAGUAUUUGAGUCGAGCAGCGUGCGCUACGAGAAUCGCGUUGCCAAGUACACAAUUGAAAAGACAACUAUUGAGACUGAGGCCACCUACACGUGCGUGGCCACGAAUGAGAAGGGCUCCGUGGAGACGUCGUGCAGACUGAAGCUGCAGCAGAAGCCAACCGUUGAAAUCGAGGACAAAUACUUGUCCCAGAAACUGCGCACUGGCAGCACUCUCACCAUUCCGGCAACAGUUCGCGGCUAUCCACAGCCGACUGUGACCUGGCACAAGGAGACGGUCGAACAGAAGUCCACCAAGGAAGUCACGAUCGAAACCACAGAGACCAGUUCCAUCUAUACCGUUAAGAAGAUAACUCGCGAACACUCUGGCCGCUACAAGGUGACGGCCAGCAAUGAAUCGGGCUCCAGCUAUGCGGAAUGCACGGUUCAAGUGAUCGACAAGCCAAGCCGGCCACAGUCCUUGGAGGUUAAGGACGUCAAAAAGGACUCGAUCAUCCUGGAAUGGACGCCACCAGUCGACGAUGGCGGCAUGGAGAUUAAGCAGUAUACGCUGGAGAAAUGCGAUCUACAGAACAAAGUUUGGAUGAAGGUUUCCGACUUCGACAAGGACAUCAACUCGUAUGCCAUUCAAAAACUUUCCAUGAAUGCACAGUACAUGUUCCGAGUGGUGGCUGUCAAUCCCAUAGGCGAAUCUGAACCAACUGAGAGUGAGCCUGUGACCAUAACCAGGAAGUUUGAGAAACCAACUCCACCACGUGAUCCCACGUCGGUGUCCGGCAUGAACGACACUUCGUUCACAUUGUCCUGGGAGCCGUCGGAGAGCGACGGUGGCUCCAAGAUAAUUGAGUACAUUGUGGAAAUAAGGGAAGAGACUGAAACCGUUUAUCGCUCCUUGGGCACUACGACGGGCACUGUAACAAACAUUCAAGUUGACAACGUUGUGAGAAACAAGGGCUAUCUGUUCCGAAUCUACGCUCGAAACGAGGUUGGCACCAGCGACGCGUUCGAGACAACUGAGAAGAUUGUCGUUGGACGCAAGAUAACGCCGCCUUCGCCUCCGCAAAAUCUGAGAGCGCCGGAUGUGACAAGCCGCAGCGUAACACUCGACUGGGAGGUGCCAGCCCGAAAUGGAGGUUCCGAAAUUACAGGCUAUUGCGUGGAGAAGCGCUCUUCAACAUCGACCAGCUGGACAAAGGUCAUCACCCUGGAUGCCCAUCAGCUGCAUUACACCAUAGACAAUCUGAAGGACAAGUGCGAGUAUUGGUUCCGUGUGUCAGCGGAGAACGAGGUUGGAUUAGGUGCACCAGCCGUCACGGAGAGCAUAUCGCUGAAGACACACGCAACUGUACCAUCGCCACCGACUGCUCCACUGGAGGCCCGAGUGCUAGCGGCCAAUGCACACGUAUUCGAAUGGGGUAUACCCGAGUCAGAUGGUGGUGCGCCACUGCUCGGCUACCACAUUGCCAUACGUGACAUGAAGAAGUCCAUGUGGAUUGAGGUCGGUCGGGUGCCAGCCGGGGUGCAGAAAUUCCAGAUAAGAGACCUGCAAGAGAAUCACGAGUACAUGAUACGCAUUCUCGCCAAGAACGAGAUUGGCCUCAGUGAGCCGCUCGAAUCGGAGGAGCCCUACAAAGUGAUGACAGCCGGUCAUGCCAGCCUGCCCGACGAGCCGCGCACAGAGAUGAGCACAUGCAACACAUCCUCCUGGCUGCGGGAUCACAAUAUGGAUGCGGACAUACACUCGUAUGCCCGGGGCAGGCUGCUUCAACGCGACGAGUACUUCUUCCGGCUCUGGGCGCAAAUGCCCAAGAAGAAGAAGGGCUCCAAAUAGACAGAGACAUGAACGUAAACCAACAAAAAUAGCCAUGACAAAACGAAUGAAACUUAGGUUAGGUUAAGUUUAUUUCAAUUGUACUUUAAUGAAUUCUUGACUUUUUAUUUAGCUUCUUUUUUAGCUUUUUUUUGUACUCGUAAUACACCCAUUGUAAAGGGCAUGUAAUGUUCGGCAAAUGCGAUGCGUCCGGCAACAGCGAUGUUCACGAAACUGAGACAGACUGGGGCGAGCGAAGACAAACUUGAUGUUUGAGUGCGUGAACGUGGCUGUUGGCCUGUGAGCUCAUUGGCCCAUUACAUAAACUAUGAAAGGAAUUUCUUUAUAAUUUGCAUAAAUUCGUAUGAUUUCCUGCGCUUUAUUUUUGUAAGCUGUGAUAAAUUUAUCAAAUUCGAAAGCGUCAAACGAUAAAAUGCCAUGACAUUUGCGCCAGCACACGACGCGCAUCGGGCACAGGACAGUCAACGGACAACAGCCAACAACCGACAUUCAAUAGCAACAGCUACAACAACAACAACAACAGCAGCAACAGCAACAGGAACAGCCACAAGAACACAACGCAAGUGAUUCAAUAUCCUCUAGGGAGACAAACAACAAAUGGUGCAAUUCGAUAUGAGUUACGAGUACGCUGUGUGCCUGUGUGUGUGUAUCUGUCUGUCUGGGUGUGUGUCUGUGUGUGUUUGUUGUGUUAUGUUGUGCGUCGCGCUGACUGUCCCUUGCCCUUGCCGUGUGCUUGCUGUGUGAGCAAAUUUAUGACAUCCAGAGGGUUACAUAACUAUACUUCUAUACAUAUAUUUUGUGGAAGAGCCCAACAUGACUUUAAACUGAAAAAAAUGAAAGAAAGAAAACAAAUGAAAAAUAAAAUAAAUAUGAAUAAAUUUUGAA